AUGGAGGUGAGCGGUAAGCGGCAUUUCACUUUAAAAUGUAUGCCCACAUACCUGGAAGCCCAUUAAAUGUGUGGAAUUUGUUUUUAGCUAGCGGCAGCACUUUUAACAUGCUCAGAGUAACUAACUUGUGGGAUUUUUUUUAAAUUUUCCAAAAAUAAAAUACAAUUACUGUAGUCAAACAUUUUCCAAUAUACGUUUCCUUAGUAAUCGACUUCCCUUGCAUGGUUUCCUCAAAAUUAUCUAUUGCUGCUGCAUAUUAUAAUUAAGCUAUACCUUUUCCCCCUCCGAUUUAUUCUCAGAAUAACAGUAACUGUUGAGCUUACACCAAACCUACUAGAGUUUUAACAUCUUUACAUUAAUAUUUUUAAUAACCUACAAACAUUACCCAAUCAUCCUUGAAGGCUGUCUCAUCUUGCUUCAUCUUAAUUUUACUAGUUAAGUUUACUAAUUCAGCAUAUUCAAUAAAUUUCAACUGCCACCCCUCUUUUAUAGGUACUGCAUCCUCCCACCAUUUGGGGGCUUAUAGCACUCUCACUGCAGUAGUUGCAUACAGAAAUAAAUUCCUUUGAGUCUUUGGUACAUCUGGUCCAGUUAUCCCUAGGAGAAAAGCUGGGGUUUUUUUGGGGGGGGGGGUGUCCUCUUAAAUAUAUUUUUUUAUCUCAUUAAGUUAUCAUCUCCCCAAAUGCCUUAGCUAUUCUACAAGUCCACUGCAUUUCCAACACAUACCUGAUUCUGACUAUACAUCUUUGCUAGUUUACUUGGUGUAAAGUACCAUCUAUAAAUCAUUUUAAUUUGUGGAACUGUUUGACCACAGUAUGUAAUGAUGACAACUAGCACAGUUAGCUUUCAAUAAGGAUUAAGAUAAAUUUCAUUGAGGUCUAUCUGUGACUGUUACAUGUUUAUCUAAACUAAGGUAACUGGUGACUCCACCUUGCUUGAUCUGAUCUGCAUGAGAAACCACUUGAAAACCCCAUGUGUGCCACCUUGAGCUCCAUAGAAAGGUGGGCUAUAAAUGUAUGAACUCAAGUAAAUUCAUUGUUUAGUGUGGCAAGAGAGUGGAUCUGGGAUUAAAACAGGAUGGGCCUCUCUUUGUGCUUAUUUGUGAGAACCACUCACCAGGCUUGCUCUGCUUUGAAAACAGGUUCAUAGUUGGGGAGGUGAUAUACAAGGGACUUAGUAUCCCCAUAUGUGUUUCUCUGUAAAAUUAACUUUACCCCUUUGGAAGACUUCCUCACAAAUCCAAAUAUUCCGAAUCUCUAACUGUUCAAGAUAAUAAUAUAAAUAGGGGAAGUUGUUAACACUGAAAUAUUAUGUAGUGGCUACAGGAAAAAUAGACCCUAGUUCUGAAAACACAAAUUGCAGAUUUCAGAAACAUUGGUUGGCAGCUACCUUUGGAAGCUGUCCAGACUUGUACUCUUGAAAUAAUAGGCAGGCAGGAAGGGGGGUAAUAGGAAUCACACUUCUUAUGAAGCUGCACCACCCAACAGAGUGUAAAAAUAAUUGUGCACAUUUACAUUCUCCAUGUUUGUUAGCCACUUUUUGUUCACACCAUUAAAAUACCAAUGCGCCAAUAUAUUUUUUAUUUCUUCAGCAACAGAAGGUAACAUAACUUUGACAAAGCACCAACCAUUCUGUAGUUACUCAAACUUCCACAGGGGGUCACUUAGGAACCUAUUCAGCUAUGUGGUGGGUAGUUGGGAUCAUAAACAGUAGUGAUCCAAACUAGCGCUACUGAAAACCCAGAUGUAUGUUGUCUCAUUUCUCAGUAUAGGAAUUUCUAACAUGCUGUUUCUGCAAUAUAUGCAGUGUUUGAGGCAAUUUAAUUUUAUUAAACCACCUAAUAAUUGGUAAGUUCCAGGAUGCAGUUGGUCAGAAUGCAUGAGGCUUUUUCCUACUCAAGGAGGCUAGUACCCAGUAUGAAGGCAUUCAAAACUCACCUGUUCCAGCAGGCUUUAGACCUAAUUGGAACACAUUUAAUUGUGUACAUUCCCUUGCUUUCUUGAAAUUUUUGUUAUUGCUUGCAUUUUAGUAUUUAAAGGUUGACUUUAUUGUUAACUUUCUUUGAUGUUCCUAUUAACGCAGGAAGCUAGGAUAUAAAUAUUUUAAUAAUAUAAAAAUAAUUAAGGUUUUGCGUUAGAGGAUCACUCAUUAGGCAGAAUUGGAGCUGCAACCUUUUUAUCGAUUUUAAAACUGCUUAAUUUAUUAAAAAGGCACCCCAGGUGAAUUGAGGAACUUUAAAAGUCUAUGUUUUUCAUAUAACUAUUUAUGAAAACUGUUGAAAGUCAACUGCUGAGAACGCAUUUAAUCACUUGUCUAAAGAAAGAUUGGUUGAUAGGAUGGCACCAUAGAAACAUGCCCUCCCUUCAAGUCUCACACCAGGGAAGGGGUCUUCUGGGAUGGCAUCUAUCAAAUAAGUCUUCUUAAACAGAUGAAUUAAGUGAAUUCUGAGCUGCAAAGACUCACUUUAGCCACCCAGUUUGCUGUGCUGGAGGCAGUCUGGAUGGGGCAGAGGUGUCCCUUAACCCAGCCCUGCCUGGCUUCAUAUGUGUAUUGUACUUGAUUUACUCUGCAUCACUGGCAGCUCCAUGUAUGAACAGACUCCGCUGAUAAGAUACUGCAUUUUAUGGGGACAGCAGAUUGACAUUUUGAUCACUGGUGCUGAAAGUGCUGAAUUAAUCAUGUUAUUAACUUGAUGCUGUAGUCACAAUCUGAUGAAGAUACAUUGUGAAUAAGCGCAUAUGUGUUCUCUGAAUCACAACAAUUUAACAGCAAAGGUGGUAAAUGCAAGCAGCAAUGUAUUCUAGCCACAAUCCAGAGUCUUAUGUGUUGCUUAUACAGUUGCAAGUGACAUUUUAAUUUUUCAACCCCAAUUGCAAAUCUGGUUUAUUAUCAAAAUUUACGGACUUUCAGCUGUUUGCAAUGAGCAAAUCAAACAAAAGCAAUUGAAAUAGCUCAACACAACGGAUGCUUCAAGUGGUUUCCCCAAAUUCAGCUGAAAAUGCAACUUAUAGUGGCUUCUCCACUCCCACUAUUAUCCAACCCCCUGAAUAGAAUCCCUCACAACAGCAUAAAUAUAACAGCAUAAAUGUCUCAAGCACACCUGAUGCAACUAAUCAAGGGCUUGAUUAGUUGCACCAGGUGUGUGUGAGCUGUAACACAUGAAAUACCCAAGCUGGCUAGGGGUUUGCAGAGUGUCAAAUUUGGCUGCCUGCUAGAAAUAUGGCUAAGUAAAGACAAUGGUCCAAGAAGGUAAGAGAAGAGAUCAUCACCCUUCACAAACAAGAAGCAGGAUACAAAAAGAUAGUGAAGGCACUCCAUGUUCAUAUAGACCAGGGGUAGGCAACCUAAGGCCCAUGGGAGUCAUUUAACUGGCCCAUGAGCUGCCCCCAAACCAAGCUGCCCACUCAGCGAGUCCCCGCGCGCUGCACUAAACCUGCGCACCACAGGGACUUGCUUUCAUGGUGCCAAAAAUCGUGUCUGAGCAGAAGCCGGAAAUUGCUGACCCAAAAGCACAAGAAAAGUUGGUUCCAAUAUGCUCAAAAUCAUAUAAAUAAGCCACAGUAGUUUUGAGGCUCUGUUCUGUGAAGCGAUGAAACAAAAUGGGAACUUUUCGGCCCCAUGGAUCAGCCCUAUGUCGAGGAAGAAUGAAGCAUUUGUUGAAAAGAACAUUGCCUAUAAUGAAGCAUGGUGGUGACUUGGUGACGCUCUAGGGCUACUUUGCAUCCUCUGGCACUGAAAACUUGCAGUAUGUGGAAGGCAGGAUAGAUUCAUUGAAGUUUCAGGAAAUCCUAGGAGGAAACAUUAUGCUGUCUGUGAGAAAGUUGAAGUUUGGGCAUCAGUGGACCUUCCAACAAGACAAUGAUCCCAAGCAUACCUCAAAUUCCACCAAGGCUUGGUUGCAGAAGAAGUCCUGGAAGGUUCUACAGUGGCCAUUACAGUCACCUGACUUGAACCCCAUAGUAAACAGCUGGUGAGAUUUGAGGAAGGCAGCUGCAGCACGCAAACCCAAGAAUAUUACUGAACUGGAGGCCAAUGCUCAUGAGGAAUGGGCUCAGACACCUCAUGAGUGCUGCCGGAAGCUGCUGUCUGCUAUGCAUCUCGUUUGCAGCAGCAAAAGGCUGCUCUACUAAGUAAUAAAGAUGCUUGUCAUGAAGGGGUUGAAUAAUAGUGAGACUGGAUAAAUCAGUGUAAAGUUGCAAUUUAGCUUAAUUUGGGGAAACCAUUUGAAGCGUCCAUUGUGUUGAGCUAUUUCAAUUGCUUUUUGAUUUGCUGAUUGCAAACAGCUGAAACUCUGUAAAUUUUGAUAAUAAACCAAAUUUGCAAUGAGGUUGAAUAAUUUCAAUUGCAACUGUAUGCAUAUUAGGUCGUAUACCUACACACACAUUCAAAAAGAUUUGUUAAUUACUCCAGUGCUAUUUUUCUAGAAAAAGAGGUGCCAGAACUCACCGUGAACACCUCCCUUGUUCUCUUACAAUGGCAAUGGUGCCCACCUGAGAGGUGCCGGAACUGAGUUCCAGUGAGUUUUGGCUGGGAAAAAAGCCCAGCCUAUUACUAAUAAAAUCCUGCCUAAUAUGAAAUAACGCAGCACUUCUCUCCUUAACAGAUAAAACAUUAGGGGUUUGCAUGUUCCGCUUCUACAUGCAAUCUGCCAUUCUUUAAAACCCUGACAUUUUAUCUCUCAUUUUAAAAAUCUAGACUUGCAUGGUUUUCUAGUAUAUAAUUUAUACUUCUCUCUGCUUGAUUGUGCCACUAGAUGGCCUUCUAGAUCUGAACAAAAACACCCAAACUCAUAUACAGGUAGCUGUAGUCUAUUUUGACAGGUAACUCAAUAAAAAAAAAAAGGUAGUACCUGGGCAAAGGAGCAUGUUAAUUGUCCAGAAAGAGCAAAGGGCCAGAAUCCAAAGUACUAUGUACUUUUCCAAUGGGGCUUUAGACCUGUUUUUCUUGAAGAACUGCUCCACAAGCAGCAUGCAAAUCAGUUGAUUUUUUUGCUGGGGGGCAGGGGGUUCCAAAACCAGCUUAUAGUAUUUGUCAAAAAUCUAUUUGGCACACAUAAGUAUGCCGUUUGGAUUCCAGUAACAGCAAAGAGAUAGAAAGUAAAAUGAGUAACACUUCUCUCUUUUUUUGCCUCACCAAUUGGAGUUUUUAUAGAGAAAUAUUUAGUACAGGCAUAAGCAAUUUUUUUCCAGUACAGUAUCAUGUAUCAUUCAUUCCUUAUAAACUAAAGAGGGUCAAAUGCUAUAGUGGUGGUGGGCUGCAAUUUGCUGAGGACCCAAGAUAAGUAAAGGGCCAAUUUUCCUACCAGAACCACCAUUCACUUUGCAGAUAGCAUGUAGAAAUGAAUGAAAGUAUUCAGCUAGGACCGGGAGACCCGAGUUCAAAUCUCAAUGCAUCUGUGCUCAGUACGUGAUAUUCGCCAAGUCACUUUCAGUCUAAGCUUCCGCACCAGGUUAUGAGGAUAAAAGAGGUGGUAGGCUCUGUGUUACACUUUUAAGACCCUGGGAGAAAAAGUGUAAGACAGAGCCUACCACCCCUUUGAUCCUCAUAACCCUGUAUGGAAGCUUAGGCAGAGAGUGACUGGGUUUGAACUCAGGUCUCCCAGUCCUAGUUAAACACUUUGAUCUGUAUCACGUUACAUGCAAAGUGUUGUAGUGCUAGUAGAGCAAUGGGCCAUUUACUCAUGUUGGGUCCUCAGCCAAUACAGCCCACCACCAUUAUAGCAGCUGACCUAAUUUUAUUUAUAUAUAAGGAAAUUUGCAAACUUCAGCUGGUGAAUCUGCUGCACUUUUUAUUCAAUAUUGGUAAUAUGGAGACCAAAUUCAUGAUGUUCACUUACCCUUGUUUUUGAGAAGCAUUUUUUAAAGGACUGAUAUUUUAAAAUACUCAGGAGGUUACAGUCAUAUGUACACUUAAGUGUGAACUCAGUGGCAUCACUUCCAGAACAAACAGAGACAUCAGCCUGCACAGAUGCAACCUUCAGAAAUAUUUUUUGUACUUAGGUAUGAAAUAAAGAAAUGCAAGAUUCCCAAUAUCUGCCUUAAAAUAUUUGGUCAUUGUUUUUUCAACUCCUAAAGCAUGAAGCUAUAAUGUUGGAUUUUUGAAACAACAAGUUCUUAGAAUUGGAAUUUAGAGCCCCCAAAUCUAUUUUUAUAGAUAGGCUUUUAGUUACAAAACCUAAAGUGCUCCAAUUUUGAGUUCUGCAUAGGGGCUAGAAUCCUACAGGUACUAUCUAUGUAGUAUGUAGUAGUUGGUUUCAGAGGAAAAUACUUGUCUUCAAAACCGGCAAAAUAAAAGUUUAAAUGUUUUAUUUGCUCUUCAUAAUAAAUAAAACCCAUCAAUAUAAUCCAGAUCUCAUUCAAAAUAGAGGGGGAGGGACUUCCCUUAGCGUCAAUCUAGAAUAAAUUUACGAAUUAUGAUACAAAUUAUGAUAUUGCACAUAUAAUCAUGAGAACUAAUAGAAACCUAGCCUUCAAUAACAAUAUAUUUAUAACCCUCAUCCCUCCUUUACUCUUACAGUACUCUCGAAACAGGACAUUUUGGCACAAGUCGACUUACAGGCAGCGUAAGUACAUAAGGCCUUCUGAUUUGUAAAAAAACAAAACAAAAACUACAAAGCUAAACUCUAGUUAUUCAAUUUGCAUUGCUCCACUGUUGUGUUACAUGUAACCAAAAUAUAUUGGAGGUUCAUUAUACUGUGCAUGUAUGAAGGAGAUAACUGACACAGCCAUCAGGUCUAUUCUAAAUAAUAGUUCACAAGAGACUAGUUUUUAUGUGAUUUUGUUCCAUCCUGUUCUUCCAACUUUGCAGCUUUAGGACAGCCGUGAGUCCACUGCUGAAAGUCUAGUCCUUUUCACCAUCUCCAUAGGGUUAGUGGAAAGGCACCAAAGUUAAUACCACUUGAGACUAGCCAUAGAGUCAAUUUUAACAAAGUCUGUGAGGCAAUUCAAGAGUAAAAUAUUUUUAUUAGAAAAAUGGGGGAAGAAUACAAGAAGCUGUAGAAAUCCCAUUUGGUUAUGUUGCUACAACUAUUUUCAUUCAGAGUCAGGAUAGGCAGCACCCGGCUUACACGGAGGUUGUGUUCCAAGGCACCACACGUGUCAAUGAAAUCACACAUAAUUGAAACCAACUGAAAAUGCCUGCAAACAUCUGUCUUUAUGACAUUUCUGGAUCGCUUCUAGGUUCGGUGUGAUGCAUGGUAGAGCUGGGUGAUAUCUGGUCUUCAACACUGCAAUAUAUCACCAGCUGAACAUCACAAUAUAUAUCACAAUGCCUGAAAUAAGGAUGGAGUUAUGUAGAGGCACUGGCUGGCUUCACUGUUUUUUAUGCAUCAUGAUUUUUGCAGGUGCCUGCUCUUGUGAUUCACUGCCCCCUUCAUGAGGCAGGGGAGAGCUGAGCUGGCAAGAGUUAACAGGGGCUGCAGGAAUCAAGAGAAGCAUUGGCUGGCUUCAAAGUUUUUCCCACGUUGUGAUUUUUGUAUCACACACACACAUCAUAAUUUGCAAUAUACUGCCGGGUCAAAAAUUAUGAAACGGAUAUCAUACGGACUUCAAACCAGUUUUGGACAAUAUAUUGAUAUAUCACUCAGCCCUAAUACAUGGUUGAACACAUACGGAAUGUGUGUAAAUGGGGGCUGCCUGUAUCAUGUCACGCUUGCUUCCAUUCCGUUAAAGUAACACCAUUCAAUCAUUAACCCAUAUUAGGAAAAUUCAAAUGUUGCACAAAUCAUACCAAUAGUACAAGUAGUAUGCUUUUUCUUCUUCCAUACUAGCUGGUUCCUUCAGCUGAAUUUCCCACAUCUUUUCUAUUGGAUACACAAAGUUGGGUCACUAUUAGAAUCAGCUUCCAAUGAUUCCAAUAGUAGAAGAAAUGGUCCUAACAAUUAAGAUAGUCAGGCCCUAAAAUCAUAGUAUUAAUACAUACAGGUAUUAUAAUAUGCUACUUCCAAUGAUAACUAAACAACAUGAGAUACAUUUGUUUCAGGGUAGUGCUAAUAGAGCACACAGGAAAUGAGCUGUGGCCUCUAUCAUAAAGCAUGUAAGAGCAGGGCCCCAAGUUUCCUGUGUUACAUUAAGCAAUCUGGAUCACACUACUUCCUCAUUUAUUGCUUACAUGUCACAAGAUGACAUUCUUCUAAAGCAGGCAUUCUAAAGCAAGUGUGUGUGAUUUUACCACUCAGUAUUUUCAGUCUUCCACAGGUUUUUCCAACCUACAAAUACACAGGUGUUUAUGCAAAGAAGUUUCCUAACACUGAUUUUAAAAGGGAAGGGAGGACUUGCUCAGAAAGAAGCAAGUAAUUAUCCAAGGGUAGGGUGGCCCAAAUGGUGACUGUAUUCUCCACUUAUUUCAGAAAAUGUAACGCCAACUAAAAAGAUGAUUGAAAGCAGAUAAAGAGUCAAAAUCUAAAUAUUUACAUAAUUUUUGAGCGGAAUGAUGUCAAAUUCUGCUCCUCCCACCCCCAAGUUUUUGUUGUCAAGCUACUGUGCUACAGUGAUAAAAGCCAUACUUGUAAGAGUUCCCUUGUAAGGCACUAGGCCCUCCUCACAGUGUAAUCUCAGCCCUAUUUGCAACUCAUAAGAACAGGUGGUCUUCUGUACCAGAAUAAUCUCUACCUCCUUCUCACAGUGGCUAACCAGAUGCAUGAAGGAAGCCUAGGAAGGCCUAGCAUCAUGAUCACUGGCUUCCAAUCUAUCUUGUUUGCAUUUACUGACAUAUUUAGUGUUGCUUACACUGUAACACCUUGCAUGGAGGUAUGUAUGGUGAUUGUAUAGGCAGUUGUGUAUGGUCCCAGGAAGGAAUAGAAUAUAUUAAGGCUGCCCAGUGUAGUUGGUGCAACCCGGUCAGAUGGGUGGGGUAUUAUUAUUAUUAUUAAUUAUUAUUAGCUAUCCCUCUUUAGGAUCUGCUAUGCAGCUAGAUGCAUGCCAGCCAUCCUAGUCUGGUGUUGGUGUUACCAUAUGCCAGGUCUGUACAGUAUAAGCCAACAACUAUCCAUGAUUUGAUUGUGGAUAAGUAGGCCAACCUGGAAUCAUUAUUGAGUCAGGUAGACAAACAGGGAUCCAGUAUUCACAUAGCUUUAUCCCUUCAAGUACUUGUUGCAGCACUUGUCCACUCCCUUCUCCCCACUGUGAUGCUGGGUGAAUGACACCCCCAAACUUACAGAAUCUGAAGGAUAGUUGAAUACUCAUGGGGAUUUUCUGGUUGACAUGGCACUCAUAUUAACACUGGUAUUGCUUUGGUCAGAUUCAUCAAUAAAAUUGCUGAGUGCCGUUGCCAACUGCAGAGCCCAUAGGGCUUCCUUGUAUUCCAGUGAACUAUGGGCAGUGAAGCAGGAAGAUCAAUAGCUGAUAAGCAGAUGUUUAGCAUAAGAGUUUGGAGGGAACAUCCAGUAAACUAAUAGGACAGUAAUGGGGGGGGGAGUUUUAUCCCCUUUCCUGUGAAUUGGCACAAUUUCUAGCACUCAGUUUCUAGCCUGCUGGAAUUUGGGCUGUAUUAUUUAUGUGUGUGAAAAGCCUAGCCAAGAUGGGUUGCCACCAGUCCAUAUGUGCCUUAAAGAGCUCCGGCGGCAUCAUAUCCUCACCUGGCCCUUUAUUUAAUUUCAGGCUUUUCUAUGAGUGAUUUUAUUUCAGCAGGGAAUACUACUUGCCAUUCCAGUAGUUUUGACCAAUCAAUGGUCACAUCAGCAGUUGUUGGUUGCCCUGUCUGCUCUCCAACUAGUUCUGCGUAGUAGUCCAUCCAAUGUUGUGCCGAUAAGGUGGCAUCUAGGUACACAAGGUAGCUGGUACACAAGUGAUGUAAAUAAAUCCUUGUAUGAAUGUGAUUGGGCACCUUAUUUUGCUUACGAUGUGGUUGUACAGAAGAUUUACCUUAAGUCCAGCAGAGCUUUUCUGACUGGUGAAUUGACUAGUAUCUUCUGUCCAAAGGAGGUGGUGGUCUGCAGUGAAAAAUGUACACCACAUUUUGUGGAUAAAAUUGCUCAAAUUAGCAUGGAACUGGAUGUGACAGUUAGAACUAGCCUUGAGGAAGUGUCCAGUCAAGUUACUUUGGAUCAGUUUCAGUUCUUGCAGUCCAAGGAUGUGAACAGCCAUAUUUCCUCUUGAUUCUUGCCCACUAUAGUUUAUAAAAAAAGAGUCAAAGGGGUGUGGCUGGGUGGGUUCAGGGAGUGGUGAACGCCUCAUUGUGGGAAAGGGGGAGAUACUGUUGGCCCUAAAGAAAGUGGUGGUUUAUAGGUGGUAUAUAACACCUACCAAAAUAUCCAAAAUCUAUAAAACAAAAUCUAAAAUGUAUUAGAGGUGUGAUCAGUCAGAGGGGACGCUACUUUAUAUGUGGAGGACCUGUAACAAAAUGAAGAGUUUCUGGGAAAUGGUAUAUGAGGAGUUGAAAAAAACAUUUAAACAAACUUUUGUUUAAAAAAAAACCACCAACAGAAGCAUUUCUAUUGAGCAUAGUAGAUUUAGACAUCGCAAAUGAAAAUAAGAGAGUAUUUCUUUAUGCAACAUCUGCAGCAAGAAUACUAAUUGCAAAAAACUGGAAAAGUGAAAUAGUACCAACAAAAAAGAGUGGCAAGAGAGAGUAUUUGUUACCUUGAAUUGGCAAAAAUGACGGAUGCAAUUAGGGGACAGUCUAAACAAAAAUUUCAAAAGUGGGGAAAGUACAGAGAUUACUUAAAAAAACAGUGCCCUCAAAUUAAAACCUGGACUUGCUUCGAAUAAUUUUUGCAAAACAAAAUAUAGUUUACAAAUACAAUAUAUGGAGAAGGGUAGAAAAGAUGAAAUGAGAAAGAAACAGUUUAUCAAGUUUAAAUCAGACCCAUGUUGAGGAGGAAGGAAGUCUAUUAGAAUAGAAUAAGAACUAAAGAUUGGAUAACACAAGUCUGUGUGCAGAUUGUGGAUUUAUGGAUAUAUGUUUAUCAUUUAUGUGGUGUUUUCUUUUGUAGUUUGUUUUCUAAAUGUUGUGUGUAUGUGCUAUAAUAAUAAGUUAAUAAAAAGCAUUUGCAAAAAAAGAAAGAAAAGAAAGUAGUGGUGUAUUCCCCACUCAAGAGGACUACCCUGAACCCAGAAUUAUUGAACAACUAGUGCCCGUAGCGACAAUGGCCUUUUUGGGCAAGAUGCUGAAGAGGCUGGUGGCAGCCCAACUGUAAAUAUGUUCAAAGGAAACAAAUAAUCUAGACAUAUUUCAAUCCAGCUUCACAGCAGGAUAUGGCACUGAAAUUGCCUUGGUCAGUGACCUAUAAGUGAAAGGGACAGAGGGAGCACAAGCUUGUUAGUUCUCUAACCUCUGAGCAGCUUUUGAUACUGUUGACCAUGGUAUCCUCCUGGAACAGCUUUGGGAAUCGGGAGCGCUGUGCUGCAGUAUUCUUCUCCGAAGAGAGCAUAGCCACAAGAGACUAUUCUUUAGCGCCUUGGACGUUAAGCCUGUGAGGUCCCUCAGGGGUCAAUUUUGUCUUUCAAGCUUGUUAACAUUUAAAUGAAGCUGUUGGAGGAUGUCAUCAGUGGAUCUGGAGAAAGGUGUCAUCUAAUUCCCUUGGUUGAAGAGGAAAAGCCCUACAUACCAAGGAAAAGCACUCAAACCCCUUUGACUUGAAGCUGUGAAAGAUUCCAGCCACAGCAUAUUGAUGACACCUAGCACUAUAUUUUCAUAUCAGAAUUAGGAACUGUUCACAUGCUUAACCACUGGGUGGAGCUGGUAGUGGACUGCAGAUAGAGAUACCAUGUGUUGCAGGUUCUCAAAUCCAGGAAAUAUGGAAACAGCCUGUUCUGGAUAGGUUGCACUCCCCUUGAAGGGACAGAUGUGUAGCUUAGAAGUACUCCUUGAUCCAUUUAUGGCACUUGAGGCCAAGGUGGCUAGGACUACCUACUUCCAGCUCUUGCCCUUCAUGUACAGAGAUAGCCUGGCCACAGUGAUCCAUGCUUUGAUGACUUCCAAGCUGAACUAUUGCAAUACACUUGGGGUCAACAAACUUUUUCAGCAGGGGGCCGGUCCACUGUCCCUCAGACCUUGUGGGGGGCCGAACUAUAUUUUUUGGGGGGGAAUGAAUGAAUUCCUAUGCCCCACAAAUAACCCAGGGAUGCCUUUUAAAUAAAAGGACACAUUCUACUCAUGUAAAAACACGAAGAUUCCCAGACUGUCUGUAGGCCGGAUUUAGAAGGUGAUUGGGCCGGAUCUGGCCCCUGAGCCUUAGUUUGCCUACCUAUGCUACACGGCUGCCCUUAAGGACUGUUCAGAAGCUGCAACUAGUGCACAACACAGCAAUGAGACUGCCAGUGGAUGUUUCUGGUCAGACACACAUCAUACCAGCCAGUCUUCUGCAAUGGUUGCCAAUUGACUGUCGAGUCCAAUUUAAGUUGUUGACAUCGACACACAAUGAUUUGGGCCCCAAUUAUGUGAUGGAAAGCCUUCUCCCAUAAGGAGAAGAAGAUUUCUUACCUGCCCUUCACAAUAAGAUCCCAGGGUGGAUUACAAUAAUAGAAAUGAACAAUGAUAAAAACAGCUAAACCAUUACAAUGAUAAAGCCUAAAACCAUUCCAAAUGGAACAGAACUGUAUAAAUUGAACAAAAGAGGUGAGUCCCACAAAACUAAAAACUGUGCAACUACCACUGUGGAGAGUUCCACAAUUUAGGGGUACCACAGAGAAAGCCCUCUUCUGGAGGUGCUAGAACUACCAGGAGAGCCCACUCCGCAGAUCUUAACACCAAAGAACAUCAGUAGGAAUGGAGACAGUCUUUCAGAUAUUUGGGGCUCAAAUAUUUUAGAGCUUUAGACACCAACUGAGUACCUCAAAUUGGGCCAAGAUAGGAGUUUGCAAGUUCUGAAGUCUGGGUUGUGGGGAGACAGCCUGUUUUGGACGGAGUUGCACUCCCAAGAAGGAGCAGAUUCCUAUAUUGGGGAAUGUUCCUUAACCCAACACUGACCCUAGAGGCUUAGUUAGCCUGAGAGGCUAGGGGUGCCUAUUUCUGGCUAUGUCUGGUUUGCCAGCUGAAAUUAUUUGGACACUGUAUUCCACUCUAGUAACCUCAAGAUGGAACUACGGUACUUUAGUGAUUUGGAAACUUCAACUGGUCCAAAAUGCAAUAUGAAGAGAGCACUAUCAUGCAGUUAUGGUUGCUGCAUUUUGGAUCAUUUGAAAUUUCCAAAUCAUAUUCAAGUGCAGCCUUAUGAAGAAAACAUUACAAUAGUCCUGUCCUUAUGAGCUCCAGGUUUCUGUAACUAUCUUGUAUCCUGGGUCCUUUUCCCAAUUCUCAGCCACCUCCCAUAUAAGAAAACCAUCCCAGCUGAACUGACAGCUUUCCCUUUCCUCACAAGAAGCUCAUUUGCAAAUCACUUGGUCUUCUGAAAAACUGACCAUUAAGCCAUUGAGUAUGGGCACAAAGCACUAAACAAUAUUUCGUGAGCUGAAUACAGGCAAUCAAAACCCACAUGAAUUUAUUGCAGCCUUACAGUCUCCUUGCAUGUUAUUACAAGGGCAAAAACAAAACCCAGCAUUUUACACAAUGGUAGUCAUUAUUUAAAAGUAAUUUAGAAAAGGCCCUUUUCACAUAUAGAACAAAUACAAGGAAUGCAUCUCAGUCCUUCUCACUGGAAAAUUAGCAGUGUGGUGAUGGGUAUGCUCACAGAAAAAUACCCUAAGAGGAAAAAUUGUGAUCUCCUUUACCUUCAGAAAUUUAUGAUCUCAAGAGCAAAUAAUUCUUGAAACUUUAAUCUAGACCCAUCUUGUAACAUUUUAAUGACUCAGAAAAUGUAAAGAUUUAAGAAAACAAUGUCUCUUUUAAGUCUUCAGAUUAACAAAUGUAGGAGUGAGAAGAGAGGACUCCCCAAACUAUUGUUAACCCACAGCAUUCAAGUAUUAUUUUAACACAUUUCUAUACCAACCAUCAAUUCAAAAUUGCAAUUAGUCAAGGUCCAGACUGAAUUUGAUAAGCUCAGGAGUUUUUACCUGCAGCUUAAAGUAUUUUGUUUUUCAGAGCAAGCAUGAUUUCAGGAAAGCAUGAUUACAGUUCAUAAAAAGAAAACCACUGCAUGUUUUCAACCCAGGAAGAGAAGGCAAGAAUGGGGAAGAAGUUAGUUAUCUUAAGUUAGUUGGAUAGUGCUAGAUGUUCUACACACAUAGACUGACCCACAAAAUGUUUAAUUUAAAGAGUGAGUGGCUUUUGUUUGCAAUUUUUGCAUAACAGAAAGCUGAAUUUAAAAUCUGAAUGCAGUGAAACACACUUGAUAUUUUGAACUAUCUGCUACAGGCAAAUAGCCAGCCACAUUAAAGGGUUAAAUUACUGUAAUCCAGGGACAAGAGGAGCACUAAUGCUUUUUAACAUUCUGUCAAAUCAGCAAGUUUCCUCCUGAAGAUUCCCGCCAAAAGCUGCAAGAUAUUCAAAGCAAUUCAAGCAUUCCAUUCAGUUAUGCAUUGUUUCUUUAAAAUAUGCCAAGAAACAAACUAUCGGGCUAAAUAUAUGGAGCUAACCCCAAAAGUCCAUUUUCAUAAGCUGAGGAUCAUUUGCCACAGUGAGAAUAUACCAAGAGACUAAACAAAUUAUAUAGCUUCUUCCACCUGAAGCUAUGACAAAACAAAAGAUUUUUAGCAGCUCGGUGGUUCCCAUUUGAAGCAAAUCUAUAGGGAAGUCCAAACACAAUGGGUUGCAGCCAAUGAUAGUCCUACACAUAGUAGACCUAUUGAAAUUAAUGGACCUAAGUCAUGUCUAUUAACUUAAAAGGGUCUACGUUUGAGCAAAACAGGAUACAAGCCUGUAGCACAAGUCUGCGUAGCACAGUGGUUCAUUGCAAGCUAGGAAAUCCACAGUUCAUAUCUAAGCUCAGUCUUGAAGUCACCGUGGCUGUAUACAACCCACUAUCUCUCAACCUAGGCCCCAACAUCUGCAAUAUGGGUAUAAUACUAGCCUACCUGUAUAGGGCUGUAAUAAGGAUUACUGAGCAUGUACAUUAAGUGAUACAAAAUUUCAAAAGUACAGUAGAUAAUGUUCCGUAUCCUUCAAAAGGGAUGCAAAUCCAGCAAGUAAAGGAAAAAGAUUCUCCUGGCCAGAAACACAAGGAGGAUAUGCAUGGUGACCUACAUUAUAUUGACUGUAAUGCUAAUGGAGAAAGGAGGCAGGAUGUGCACACAGGAUUUGGCUUUGGGAAGGAUGUCGAGAGCAAGCCUGAUCUCUCUAGCAACCGCUUGUGCCUCCUUUGUACUCAUUUGAAAGGCAUUUAAGAAGCCAACCACUUCAAUUGUAAAACACAAUUGCAGCAGGAAUCUCAGGGAUACAGACGCCCACAAUUGGCAGACUUAACCUUACUCCUGUUGCCACAUCAGCUAUUUAACAAGGUAUAUAUACGGACAUUUUUCACUAAGUCACCUACUGAGAGGGAAAGGUAAGUAGCCAGGGAGUUUAAGAUGUCUUAGGAAGUACACACAUUCACCACGUCUGUAUUCCAAUACUUAUUUGUAAUCAAGUAGCUUGCAGUUCAACAGAGUUGACGUAUUUAGUUCAGAACACACACAAAAAGCCAUUUCCCAUCACCACCUUAAAAGAACAAAGAACACAUAUGCAAGUGUUUACUCUGAAGUAAUAUCACAAAUCAGUAGCAUUUACUUCAUAGGAGGGAUACUUAGGAUUGUUUCCCUAGUCUGCCAGCAAAUGGCAAGGCACUUCACUUAGGCAAUCUCUUUAUGCUCUUUCCUCCCACAAAGACCAGAAGCAUGACAUUGUUCAGUGUUUAACAGGCAGUCCGCUCCUCCAAUUUGUUCCUGAAAAACAGGUUUUACUGUUGGAGCAAAUCUUGGUACAUGGUGGUGGAAUGGAAUGUCUUCACUCUCCACAGAGACUGAAAAGACAACACCCGCCUCCUGCUGCUGAAUAUUUUACAAUAAGCCAGCAAACAGGAGACUCAUAAUAAGCCAAAUAUUUUAACCACCAAUUAUGGGUUAUUGCUAUGGUGGGGAAGAGGAAUGUCACAAAUUGAGAUUUCACCUUUAUAUAUUUCCACUAAAAGUAGAAGACAUCCACCCCCUUAAAUCAAGGCAUCCAGAUAAUACAUCUUUAAAAAAGAGCUGUAAUUUUUUGGUUAGCCUUUUUAAUAAUGCUGCACUAAAGUUUCCCAGAAAGGAACUCAAGGCUUUGCCAGAUUGUUUUCUUAAAAUUUCGAGUAACAAUGCAGCAAGGAAACUACUAGCAACCUAACGUCUUCAGUAUCUCCUGUCAGGGCUGUCGGCUCAUUUCUUUAAGGAGAGCCUCCCAAACUGUCUGAAAAAAGCAACACCCAACCCCACUCUGUUUGGAGGGGGUGGUGCUGCAGUGUUAAGGAAAAUCCUUUAAGCAAAGCAAAGCCAUUUAAACGGAAAUAUGCCUGGCAAACCCUACCUACUGUAAACAAGCAGAGAGAUGCCAUCAGAAAGCCCACUCUCGUCUGACAACAGACCACGCAUUCCCUUGUCAGCUCCUCCUCCUCGAUCAUCGUCGAGCUCACCCUUUCUAGGGUUCAUGGGGGGGGGGCGAGGAAAAGAAGAAAAGAUUAGCAAUGCCGGGAGACCUGUUUUGAGACACGUGGUAAGGAGUUAGAGACCUGUUCAAGAGAUCAGUCCCAGGGCGGCUUCUCCAGCCACUAAUCCAACCAGCAACGCCAUGCCUGAGAAAACAGUCUCACUGCACUGCAGAAAGCCGCUCUUUGCAUUUACCAACUGAUUUAGAGCCUUUAUCGAGCUGCUUGGGUUAUGCAGCAGCUGCCUGCCCACCAUAGUCUUCAUUAUUCGCAUGCAAAAGAGGAGGGGAAAGCCCGUUUUCAGGUUUCUAGACACAAAGGACCAAGGCCGCCUUUGUCUUCUGCUAAACCACAGGAGCGCCCUGUGUCUUUAAGAGCCGGGCUGCUCGCCUGCCCCUGGCCUCCCCUCCCCCCCCCCACCGUCUUCCCCCUCCCUCCCUCCCCCACCCACCCCCGGGAGUGCCGAGCAGAGCAGCAGGCAGGAGCUGGAGCCGCGCCAGGAUCUCCUCUUACACGCAGCCUCGCGCUCGCUCCUACGUUUCUCCUCGCUGCUGCAAAAGCACUUGCACGAAAUGGCAACCGUCCUCUCUCUCUCUUCCCCACCCCCACCAGUAUUAACAGGGGGGGAAAGCAGACAGAAGAAAAUCGACCCUCUCACUCCUGCUUUACUUUUUACAAACCUCACACACGUUUUUAAACGGGGGGGCGGGAGAGAGGAGAGAGAAAGGGCUCUGUCCUGCAUUGCCCGAUAAAAACAGCCCUGGCGAAAUCAAGCGUUGGUGCUGCCCCAAAAGCAACAGCCGCAGCAGAGAGAAGACAGCCGCCAUUACGAAACCCGGCUUGCUCGCCCUCAAUAUGGAGCAGGAACAGCGAAGGCUGCCUUGAAAACGAGCCUCUUUUCACGGCACCAAAGCCAAGGGGUGACUUGGGUGCAAGAGGCAGUGGCUAUUUCUGCAAAUUAAAUCUCUCUUAUCAAAGCCAGCUGGAAGUUCUGUUGUAGCUGUAGCUCUGGAAAAAUCUGCUGCUGUGAAAUAGCAAGCGCGUCACAAGCUUUCCCAACAAAAACAGUACAAGGCUGCCAAGCGACUCUUCUUGUGCAGGGAAAAAGAAACCUCCAUUUUGGAUUUUGUUUUUCAAACCAGGAGCCUCUCAAGAUAAAAGAAAACUCCUUUACAGUACAUAUUAGCAAACCAGGGUCUCCCUUUACUGCUCAAAUUGCUGUUGUCCCCGAAACGCCUCUGUUGUAAAAUGAAAAGAAAAAAAAGCCUGCAGUAACUAGAGGGAGAAAGACUUCAAACUAGUUCUCUACCACUUGCGUUUAUUUGUUGGUUUGCCUUAAAAAAAAUCCCACCUCUGCCUGCAGAUUGACUUUAGGGGAACAGUUUAGCAUAUCUGUAAUGCCAUUAUGGAUUUGCAGAGAGAAGCUCUUGAAAUCAACAAGGAUGCAGCCAAGCAAAGCACUUUGUUACAGGAGGCUAAAGAAAGGAAGUAGCUUUUGGAAAUAGAUAUAAAAAAUAGAUUCUGAAUAUGUACUUUCAAACAAGAACGUUAGCUACCUUUACCCCCCUCCGAAAGUAACUCGGAUAUCCGCCUUGGACGAAAACAUUUGCUGCAUAGGCCUGCUCUGUUUCACUGCAAGGGCAAAAGGCUUUACUUACCCGCACACCAUAGUUGAAUGCAGUUCUGAAGGUGAAGUUGUGGGAGUCUGGGGUUGGGAUUUUUUGGGGGGAGGGGGGAUAAAUAAAUUUCUAAAUACUGUAUACGUUAAGUUCUGUAUCAUCACUUCUAUUUUAUAACCUUGCAAGUUAUUCGAUCUCGUUCAGAUUUUUGUAUGGCUUUUGAUUAAAAAUAAGUUAAUACAUUUACUUAUUUCGACUAAUAACAUAUAGUUAACUUUUUAAAAAGACUCCGGACUUCAAUCGGUAAAUUCCUCUGACAGAUUUACUCUGCACAUAAGGACGCUGCAUGUCUUUCCCUCCCCUCUCCCACUCACAUUUUUAACAUGAUCUCAAACAUAAAUCGCUACAUGUUAGUGUGAAUACACCUGGUUAAUAGUUACUGUAUGUAAACAUUUUAAGCAUCUCUAGCUAAAUAUUUUUUAUUCUUAAAAAGUAUCUCAGAAGCAAUUGGUUUAGAUAAACAAGACAAAAAAUGACAUGCAGAUGAAGGCUGGAAAAAUAAAUUAAAGGAGAACUCCAGUAACAUUUAACAUGAAAAACUACACUUAGCAAGAAGGACAGAAUGGAUUGGGUACUUACAAUGUAAAAGGAAAAAAACUUUUCCUAAUGAUUUUUUUUGCAAGAAUUCACGUUUCCUACAUCUAUAUUUAAAACAUUACCUUGUUAGCAGGAAAGGAUUUAACUUAAAAGAUGGCCAGGAAUUUAGUGUUUAAUACAGGAAGCUACAUCUAGAGAUGUAUUUGCUCAGGCAAAGAAAAGCUUUCAAAAACAAACACCAAAAAUACAUAUGUAUUUACUUUUUUGGUAACUCAAAAUUGUUACUGCUGACAUAAGGGCGUGCCAUGACCUAGUUAUAUACAAGACAAAGAUGGGUUCCAAAUCAAAGGGAAAAAUCCAGAUCUUUUUAUAAAAUCUUCCUUCUUCCUUUUAGUCCUCUAAAUGUUGUCAGACAUUAACACAGACACUGAGAAGUCCUGAAAUGGAUGGUUGUGGAUUCAUUCAAAUCAAGUAUCCCCUUUUGGAACAAAGGAAAACCCAGUUGGCCAUUUAAUUCCAUUGCAGAAAAAUGGCUGCCUGAUCUGUUGGCCUCUCCUUAGCUGUCUGCUGAAGGAUGUUUUUAGAUCAGCGUCUAAUAACUCAAGCCCAAUGGAAGCUGCGCGCUGAUUGGCUGCGCCCGCCUGGUGCCUUUAACCAGCCAAUUACCUAAGCACGGCCAAAUUACAAACCAAAAGCACAAGUCGAGCUAAAACAACACGAAGCCCCAACAAGGCGACCCCGGGAGGAAAGGAAGGCGAAAGAGGGAGAAGGGAAGGGAAAUGAGAGGGGGGGGGAGAGAUCCAAGGGAGCCUCUAGCUGAAACAAAAUGGAAGGUCCGACCUGAUUGGCUGCGCAGGACCUUUAAUAAGCAAAGCUGCUACUCUCCUUCCUCCCUCCUCCGAAAUUGACAAAUUGUAACAAAACGGGGGCGCCCCCCGCUUCUCCCCAUUCAUCGGAGGUGGAAACAUUGCCGCGGCUUCUUGCAAAAGUAUCCCUGCCAAGCGCGCUGCCCCGGUUAGCUCCCUGGGAUGUAACUUGCAAAAGAAAAAAGGGAAAAAGAAAGAAAGAAAAGAAAAGAGAGGGGGAGGGGAGGGGGAAAAAAAAGCUUGAGCCUUUUGGAGCGCCGGGUGUCUUGUGGGGAGGGGGUUUCUUUUAUUUCCCUCCCCCUUCCCCGUCCAAAAAAGAAAAGGGGAAAAAAGGCGGUGGGGGGGGGGCUUGUCCCACCUAUGUCCAUCUUGUUUAGGAACAGUUUGGCGCUUAGGUAAAUGUAGCCAGCAGAUUCCAAGGGGAUUUGGCCCCGCCGCUAACUGGGAGGAAAAGCCACGGCGGGGCCGCAUCCUGCUGGGAAAAAUGCAUGGCCCUUUAUUUGGGGCGGGGAGGCGCGGCCGGGCGGCCGGGCUGGGGGCUUUGCAGCGCGAUGCAGCUGCUGUGAAUGUGCAUUCGGUUGAGGGCGGUUAGCCAUUAGCCGAGCUCCAUAGCGGUGAAUUGUGGGAUGCCUGAGAAGCAAGCAGAAAGCACACACACAAUAUGUGUUGGCUCGCAAAAAAAAAAAAAGAGCGAGCGAGCGAGGAGGCAGGAGGCUUUCAAAACCCAUGUAAUGUAGCCAGCCCAAUGUGAGCAGAGGAGCUCGCCUUUCGCGGCCAGGAGACGGUCGGGCACCGAACAGCGAUGUCUUUCAAAGAGAUCAAGGCAGGAGAAAAAGCCAAGCACCCCGAAGACCAUGGCAAAAAGCAGAGUUCAAGUGAGAUGGGUAUUUUCUCUCUCUCUCUCUCUCUCCUCCUCCUUUCUCCCUCGCUCUCUUUCUGGUCUCGCUGCCUGCACCCGGGAGGGGGGACACCCCGGCUCGGCGUCUGGAUGUGCGGUCUUUUCCCUUCCCUUCCCCCCACCCAGCUUGACGGUAUUGCGAGGGGGGGAAGGAAGCAGUUCUGAAACGGGAAUCUUUCAUAUAUGUCUUUUUUUUUUUUAACUUCGUUGGUUGCCCCCGCUUGCUUUCUCCUCAGGUUGGAUCAACGGAAUGGAGAGCAGCUCCCAAGCAAGCACCUCUGCCGAGAAAAAAAACCACCAUUGGAAAAGUUACAAGUUGAUUAUUGACCCAGCUCUGAAAAAAGGACAGCACAAACUCUAUCGUUACGAUGGGCAGCAUUUUAGCAUUCCUGUAAGCGGUCGUUAUUUUUUACAAAUGAAAUGUAUUGUGAUAUUCUCUUCCCCCAACCCUGGUUUGUUUUAUUCUAGUACCUCGCCGCCCUUCUAAAGGGUGGGAAGGAGGAAUUCUUAAUGACCUGAAAAAUGAAGAUUGCUACAAAAUGUUCAGGAAACAUAUUAAAGUUACACCCCCUGACAAUGUAGUCUGUCAGAAUCAGAAGAUAAUCAGAAGAUAAAACCUGCAUCUUUCUUUUCCUGUGAUUCCCUGCAGAAUUGCUAUUUGACAUGUGUGUGUCUGCCCUGCCUGGAGAACAUUCUCCUCAGUUUUAAAGGCUGUGGAGUAAACUUCCAAAUUUCAUGGGGUUUUUGGUUUUUUGUUGCAUCCGUGGGUUGUGUCUUUUUUCAAGCUUCAUUCAAUUUACUCCCCUCUCCUCCUCAGAACCCGGGUCUUGCCCCAGUGGAUUGUGUAAGAGAUCCAAGGAUAGGGCGAAUAUGGACCAAAACGAAAGAGCUGGAACUCUCUGUCCCUAAAUUUAAGGUACAUGCAUUGAGAACUGUGGUGUCCUUGAUAUAAAUCUAAUUGCAUCUUUAUUCAUAUUGUUGAAUAAUUCAUUCACCGGUGUUAUAAAGUUGCAAAAUACAAUUGAGCUUUCUGCCUGUCAAAAGUGUGUUUUAUUAAUAACUCAAUGGAGUUAUUUAAAACAAAUUUUUAAAAGUUAUUGCUGAGGCAAAAGUUCAGUAUUUGUCUGUAAAUUGCAGUGGAAGGGAAAUACCUUGAAAGUUCAGUAGUUGCUUCUUAACCCUCUCUGCUCCAGGUGAUGUGAUUGCUUACAGUCCUUAACUUUGCUCUCUCUGGCUUUUAAUUUCCUACAACACUGUGUGCAAAAACAAACCUACAGAUCGAUGAGUUUUAUGUGGGGCCGGUUCCUCCCAAACAAGUCACUUUUGCCAAGUUGAAUGACAACAUCCGUGAAAACUUCCUGGCUGACAUGUGCAAAAAAUACGGUGAAGUGGAAGAAGUGGAGAUCCUCUACAACCCUAAAAACAAGAAGCACCUGGGAAUUGCCAAAGUGAUCUUUGCCACAGUCAAAGGAGCCCGGGAUGCAGUGCAGCAUCUACACAACACAUCGGUCAUGGGCAACAUCAUCCACGUGGAGCUGGAUACGAAAGGUGGGGAGCUGGUUCUGAGCAUCAUCUUCCUUCUGUUUGCUCCUCUUCCCCGCCUCUCUCCUGUCCCGUAGUGAGAUGCAUUUGCAGAUUGGAUGGGGAGGGCUAGUAAUUAAUUUAAGGGUGGUGGUGGAAGCUAUUAAAUGACUGUCACUGCAUUUCCCCCUCAAUCUCUCUGCUUUUCUCUGGGCCUUUGCUAGUCACGUGGAGCUGAAUGUGUUGUCUGUUGCUAGGAGACAGUCCUGUAAUUUACAAAAUGCUGCCAUCCUCUCCAUUUCACUCAGUCACUCAUGCUGACACUUGGCUUGCCAAAUGGUCCCCCUUUGCCCCUUUGCCAAAAGUACCUUUUGCACUUAGCUGAUAACACACCCACCCACACCUAUAGUUAUAGAAAAAUGAGGCUAAAAAUCAUUUUAGAAAAUGCCUGAAAUUUAUCCUAAAAUAAUACUCUAAAUUAGAUUCCAGCAAUGUUCUUGUUUUUACUUAAUCAUCCCAUUGCGGGCAUUUACAUAUGUACAAGAGGCUCUGUAAAAGUGUUGUUUUUUUUCUUCCAUUGACUCUUAAAGGGACAGUAACACUCCAGAUAUUGAAAGUAACUGGUCUGUAGUGCUAAUACCUUCAGACAGAAGCAGUGUAGCUAUGAACUCAGCUUUUAUUUAUAAGUUCUUCAAACCAUACUGAGGCUGCAGUCCUAACCCCAGUUACCUGGGAGUAAGCUCCACUGAAUUCAGCACAACUGACUUCUAAGAAGGCAUGGUUAGGUUUGCUUCAACAUUUAAUUUUUUGGGGUCUUUUUUUGCUGUAUUUUUCUUUUUUGCUAAAGCAGUGAAGCAUAUAUGACCAGCAUGUUACUUUUAGCAUAUAAGUGCUAAUUUGUCCCCCACCUCUGCCAUAAGACACCUUUCAGUUUUGCAGCUUAAUUAUAAAAAAACCCUAAAACUAUUUUAACCCUUUAAAGGAACAUUUUGGAAAGCAUGAAUAAAUAACAUGUUAUGCACAAUGGGACAGUUUCUAGUCCCUUAUCUUUAAAAGUGCUUAUGCUAAAAUUUUAAAACUGCAAGUGUUCUGAACUCCAAAACACAUUUGACUACGUCUUGUUUUUUUAGUUAGUGCACUGCUGAAUCUCCAGCUGCAGUUAAAUGUUCCUCUGCAUGGUUUCUUAUGUUGUGAAAUGAGGAUUCAUCUAUGCAUGUUAGAUAAAGUCAUUAAUAAAAUGAUAAGAAAAAAUUGUUAGAACAGGUCAGUUAUCAUCCAGUCUUUUAUCAACAUUUAUUCUGAGUUACUACCAUAUCAGGGCAUGAGAACCACAGCUUAACUAUCUGUAAAGUGGUAUAAUCCUAAAUUUUAUUGGAAAUAUAAUUGACUGAACUCAGUCAGGCUUACAGCCAAGUUGAGAAUCAGGAAAAUUUAACAUAACUGCUUUAUAGUUUGAGCUGCAGCUGUGUUAAAACCUGUGUUGAUUUUUAAAUGUAUUUUUAACAAGUUUUCUGUAAGCGUCCAGUGCUAGCCUUUGAAAUCCUUAUGAUCACAUCCUUCUCAAUUUCUGACAUUUCCACUAUUUGUGACUUACCGGUAACUAGUUUCCAGACUACCAUUGUUUACAUGUAAUACUAGAUAUAAAAAAGCAGAGGUAUAGAUGAACAGCUGUUUGGCCCACUCUAGCCAACUCUUUUAUAAAGUUCCUUUUUUAAAAAGAAAACCUGAUGUUAAAGGGAGUACAUGGUAUCUAAACGACUACUUUAACUGUGAUCUGAUGAACUCAGAAGACUAAAUCCUAGAGAACAUAAAUUCUGUUCACAGGCCUUAGAAUAAAGCUCUGUAGCUUUAAGUGAGUCAUGUGAGGUGAAAUUUAGACCUUGGUCUAAGAGCUUUGCUGCUGCUGCUGCUGUUGCUGCUUUUUGUGUGAGAUAAGGACUCUCUUGUGUUGUACCUUAGUUUUUGUAACUGGGGUAGUAAUUACCAAUUACAACUAAAACACAGGAUCAAAUAAUUUAACUGUGUUAGGAGCUAGUGUAGGCGGAGGGACCAAGCAACAAACAAGGAAAUCUCCACUUGAAUUAAUUCAAUCAUGCAGACACCUCCCCCACCCUCUCCCCAAGCCUCAGUCCUUGUAGCUGCAAGAUGGGGAUAAGAAUGCUGGCCAAAGGAUAACUAAGAUAAUGUAUGUGAAGCCCAUGGAGCACUUACAUGCAAUAUAAAUAAGUUUAUUUACUGCACGUCUGUACCAGCCAAUAAACGAAGUUCUCUGGGUGAUUUGCAGUAAAGGCUAGAAGAAUACAGCAAAACCUCCAAAACAGAGGUUACUAACAGGUUCUUACACUGCAAACCACUGGGUGCCUGCAGGGGGCUGCUUUACUACUAGCUUGUUCAGCACUUGCACCCUGGGGCACUGGAUGCUCCUGUUUUAUUACUGCAACAAUGCACCAGUGGAUGCAUACAAACCGCCCUGUUAACUCACAUCUGAGGCCCCCUAGUGCCGCUGUGUCCAGCCAGGUGCCUUUGAGGCUCCUAGGCAGAGCAUGGUGGCGGUAGCCUUCUUGCACUGUUGUUCCUGAGUGGCUGGGAUUCAGAGGUAUGCUGAUUCUGACCCUGGAGGUAAGACAUGGACAGCCUUAUCAUGACGUGGACAGCCUUAUCCUCCAUCAAUUUGUCUGAUCCAUUUUUAAAGCUGUCUUAAGUUGAUGGACAUCACCACACUAUGUGGAAGUGAAUUCCACAGUUCAGUUAUGCAUUUUGGGAAGAAGUACUUCUUAUUGUCUGCCAUGACUCUCCCACCAUUCAGCUUCAUUAGAUGAUCCCAUUGGGUUCUAGAAGUAUGAGAGAGGGACAAAAACUUAACUCUUUUAUAAACCUUUAUCAUGUCCUACUUUUACACACCUUUUUUCUAAACUAAGAAGCCUCAACUCUUGUAAUCUUUCCUCAUAGCGAAGGUGCUCUGUCCUCUUGAUCAUUAUUGUAAGCCGCUUUGAAGUUUUAUUACAGUCAAGUGUUAGAUAAGUAUUGUGAAAUAAAUAAGUAAUAAAUAAUUGUCACUGCCCUUUCCUGCACCUUUUCCCAGCUCUACAAGUAUUCUUUUUGAGAAGUGGCAAAGAGAACUGUCCACAAUACUCCCAAGUGUGGCUACACCAUAAAUUUGAAUAAAUGCACUUCAAUAUUGACAGUUUUAUUUCUUGCUGACAUGAAUAGAACUGUGCUUAGUUAUGGUGUGUGUACCCUCAUCCCCAGCACGGCUCUGCUGCUUGAAUGGCAUUGUUCCGGUUGUACUGGGUUGAGUUAUUGUCUGUAUAACACCAUAACUUUGAAGAAGGAACUGGUUCCUGCUCUGUUUUCUCUUUGCACAGCCGACCCUGGGAUUGAGCUGCUAGUGUCUUGGACCCUAAAAUUCUGGCAAUAGUUUGCUGGCUGCACAACAAGGCUAGCUGUUUAGCUGUGCAGACUGACUUUAUUCAUGUUCUUUAUGCAGAAGUAAGUCAUGCUGAUUUCAGCAGGGCUUGUUCCCAGGUUAGUGUGCAUAGGAUUGCAGACUUCAUUUUAAUAAAUAAAUAAAGAUAUAUCUUUUGUCAACACUGCUACAAGGGAAGAGGACAGCGUAAAAUAAACAACUGAAUUUAUAGAUGAAUAGCAAAACCAUCAAUAAGCUCAUCAAAAUACAUACGUAUUUACUUAGUUGGCACUGUCAGGGGAAGCAGAUGCCUUUUUUAAAAAAAGACAAAUAUUAUAACAUUUUUACUGAUCACAUACAAUGUGCCUUUUACAGAAAAACUGAUUUGAUGUCUGAUUCCUAGUGAGCUGGGCUUGUGGAGUUUGAAGAUAUAUCACAUUUUACCAUUGAAUGCAGACACAUUUUUGCUAUAAAAUAGUUUUAUCCCUACAGCUGUUAAACUAUUUCUCCUCCCUUGAGAACAUGUUGAGGAGAGGGAGGCCAGUUCUGUGAAGACGCAGUCCUGAGUUGAAGACACAUGCUCUCCUUGAUAAAAUGCACCAACAUGGCAAUAAAAGAGGGGACAACUUUGUCUUGUCUAACCCUUUUCCUUUACUACUUUGUGUUCUGUUACCCCUCCCCACUCUUGAAGCAGGCGAUCUGGAAUUGGGUCAUCUGCCUUUGGAAGUAGGGAGCCAGAGUGGUGUAGUGAUUAGAGACUUAAGGCUAGGACUGGGGGGACCCAGGUUCAAAUUCACGCUCUGCCAUGAAAUUCACUGGAUCACCUUGGGCUAUUCACUCCACCUGGAAGGGUUGUUGUGAGGAUAGAAUGAGAAAAGGACAUUGCUCCAAGUCUGCUCCAAGAUGAAAAUCAAUCAAUGAAGCACUCUUGUGCUUAUGUGUACCACAAAGAGGCAUUUUUUUUUGCUUCACUUGGCCUAACAAGCUGAUACUGAAUACUUCAAGAGAGUCAGAGCUGGCGCCUGUUCAGGCUUGGUUUGCAGAGAGACUUGGUAAAAUGUGGAUUCUAGAUGGAAUUGUAGUGUGUUCUUUUUAAUAAAGUUGCUGCUGUUUGUCCAGGUGAAAAGCGCAUGCAUUUCUAUCAACUUCUUGUGAAUGGACUCUACACCCCUCAGACUCUACCUGUGGAGAAUGAGCCGGACGUAUCGCCCACCGUGAAUGAAACUGCGCAGGUACUUUUUCACUUACUUGUGAUUUAAUGGCACACACUGCGUCUGUUGGGGAAUUCUGAGAUGAUAUUCAUUUACAACAAAUGGUAGUUUGCCUGCUGUUGUCCGUCUCCUCAAGAAAUGCAUUCUUGACAUUCCUGUCCAGACAUCUGUCAUCUCCAGCCUUCCUUUUCAGGGGGCUCUUGAAUGGAGGGCAAGUCCUUGUGAAGUUCCAGAUACCGCUAGACCUUUUACUAGAUCCAUGGAACUGUUCGAAGCUGGAGUCUGAUUCUGGACAUGACAGUUGUGUGUAGGUGCUAUGUAUGGAGAUUGGCAGGCUGGAUUGCUUCCUGUUUGUCCUUAUUAGGACUUCAUGUGUUAUUUAAAUAUUUUGAGUCAGAUGAGUUAAUGUAACAGGAAAUGAAAAAUAAGAUAGUAACAAUGACCCAGGUAAUAAUAAUUUUGAUUAUCAAAUUUGUAAGCUUUACAUUUAACCUUCAUAGAACUGUAGAGUUGGAAGGGACCCCGAGGGUCAUCUAGUCCAAACCCCUGCAAUGCAGGAAUCAUGUCCAUCCAACUUCUGCUUAAAAUCCUCCAAGGAAGGAGAGUCCACAAGCUUCCCCUGUGGGAAGGAAGCAGCGAGGGUGAGAGGCACGCAGAGACAAUAUCUAGACCUGCUCCAGUUGGACUGUGUUUUAGUAGUUUAAAAUUGUAAACCACCUUAGGUGCAUUGGCAGAAAGGUGCUAUAUAAAAUUUAAGAAAGAAAUAAUAAAACUAGAGAUCCUGUUCUGGCUUCUUUCUGUUGUUGGACAUUUGAACUCAUGAGACUUGAAAUAGGUGUGUAGGAACUAGCUGUAAAGGCUGCCUCCUUCCCAAUGUCCUAUUUUGCUCCCUUAAGAUCAAGUUGUUUGUGUGGAGGAGGAGGGGAAAUUUCUCAGUGAUAUUUAAGUAGUAGUUAAUAAUUGAAAUUUUAUGCUGCGGGUUCAGUUUUUGGCACAGAAUGCCAACAAAGACAGAAUGCAUGAAAUGCUAAAACUUCUUGUUGAGUAAUUUCUGUCAUGUUCCAAAAAAAUCUCUACUAAUGGAACAAACAGAAUAUGAUUUUGUGACAUGGGGAGUUCUAGGUGCACAAGUGGCUGAGUUUGAAUUUAAUCCAUGUGGCUGCUUGUCUGGCCUGCUUGCAUAGACUAUUUUGCGGUACCGGAAAGCCCCAUUCAGUGCAGUCAAGCAAGCUGAUGCGGGUGUAAAUUAAGUAAGUUUUGUGGGAUGUGCUCCCUCGUAAACGUUUGUAGCACUGUGCCCUUUAUAAGUGUUUAAACAUUUUCUGUUGAGGCAUAUGAUGAGUACCUUGAAAUAUCCAUUCAUUUCUAGUUGCUUUUAUUUAGGAACCUACUUCCUAGUUCAGUAAAGUGUAUUUUGCCCAAAAUUGUAAGUGCUUCUCUGCUGACAUUUUCUGUCAUUUGCUCAGUCUGUUUACUCUGAAUACUUAAAUUUCAUAACCUUUAUUUUCAUCAGGCAAAUGUAAAAUAAAAGAAAUCUGCUUGCUUUUGGUUUCUUCCUUUUCAUUAUCACUUUUGUUUCCCUUAACAUUUCUUUUGGAUGUUUGAAUAAGAAAGCUGUAAUGAUUGCACCAUAAUAGAUCUACAGCUUGUGGCACUGAGCUCCCUCUCUUGAGCAAGGUUCUGCCUUUCAUUGAAAUCCAUCAAGUGAACUUAGGGAAUGUUCACGUUUGUUUGUUUCUUGACAUGGGAAUGGCAUUUCUUCUACAGUCCUGAGUAAUGUCACAAAUUAAAGGCUGCAUUCAGACAAUCCUCUGAUCAGUAUUCCUUUCCCCCUUUCUCUUGUGUAGGGAUCAUAAUUUAUUACUUUGUCCAUUGUUCACCAUUACAUCCAAACCCACAAACUUGAGUGAGCCCUCCAAACUACAGGAUUGUUAACAGUGCUUUAAUACUGGUUGUUUUUGGUUUGGACAUAAUGACAAAUCUUGGCAUUAUUAAAUCAAGUGGUACAAAAAUUAAGCCCUGCCUGUGAGGGUACAGGCGGAGUGUGUUGGGCACAGUGCUCAUUCCUGAUCCUACAAAUUAUGACUCAGAAGAUUUUCUGAAUGGGCUGCUAGGGGUUGGGACUCCCUUCUUGACCCUGGCACCACUGCCUGCUUGCAUUCUUUGAGCCCUGUCUACGCAGCAGGAAGGGGAAGGCAGCUGGAGGCUGCGCUGUGAGCGUUGGAAGGUGCCCUGUGAUGCCGAUCAGCCAGCCAUGUGCCAGCCUGUCGCUGUUUAUAUUGUGGGCAGCUGAUCCUUCAGCCAUGCCGCACUCCCUCACUUUGUGUUCUUCCCUUAUCAGUCGCUAGUGUUCAUUUCUCUUUACUCCCCCUCAGAUUUAUCUGCAUCAGCCACCACACACUGGGUUUAUUUACACAGGGAUUGCAGGGAGUUCUCGCCAUCCACCGCUUGCAACAACCACUUAAGCAGAUGGUCUAAUCAUAGACAUUUGUUUCUUCAUCUGAGAAUAACAGUGGGCUAACAAUGUCAAGUCCUUUCUGCUGACUCCCACGGUUACUUGAUGUCCUGAUUCCUUUUUAGUGUUUGAUCAUAUUGGCUAUGGAUUUACUGUUGCCAUGUUAACUUCAAGAUCAAUUCCAUGGCCGUUCAUGAAAGAUGGGGAUAGAGUCAUUUAUUUUUUACAGAUACUGCCUGGUCGAAUAUGUAUUAGGUUUACUGUCGUCAUAGUUCUCGAACCUUUCAUUUUAUUUUUCUGUGAACUUCAGAACUUGGAAAUGGUCUAUUUACAAUAAUUGAAGAGGACUUCAAAGUAACUAUUAAUUGACAGUGAUCAGUUGGUUGUGCAUGUGGUUCUUAAAAAAUCAAUAGCUGGAAAAAUUCCAGCUGCUUUGAACAUGUUUUUGUUCAAAGAUUCUGGGUUUGGUUUUUUUUGUUUUUUACAACUCAGCCAAAUUCUCUUAUAGUUGGUACAUUUCAUUAACCCCACCCCACCCCACACAAACAUGAACUAGAGGUUAGAAAACAACAACUGGUAGAUUAGAUGAAAGGAUGGUUUCAGGAACCUUUGUCCAUUGUAGGGCUAGUACUGAUCCCUGCCACUCUUGAUCAUCUUGCAGUAGCAGUGUUUAUAUGUAUGCUUGUCAAGUGGCUCCUUAAGUGUUCCUUGGAUAUGUGCAUAGCUAGGCCCCCUGCUCAAGUCUUAAUGUUUCCAAUGGCACUUCAGAAAUGUAUGCAUAUUUUUCUGUUUUCCUUUUUUGCAGCUGGCUGAAACUCUGAAACAAUUAAAAGACAACAGUGCUUCUUCUGUGGGAUCAUCAGCUACCCCAAACAGUGGUACCCCAUUUUCCCAUGAUACCGCCUUUUCCAGUUGUCGGCAAGAUACCCCAAACUCUUACAGCCAAUUCACUCCUCAGUCCCAAGGAACCCCUCUUACCCCACGCCUGGGGACUCCAUUUUCCCAAGAUUCUGCGUACUCUAGUCGUCAGACAACACCUGCGUACCACUUUAGUCAGGACUCUGGGUAUAAACCCAGAAGACAUGAAACAAAAUUUACAGAUGCUUAUAACAGACGCCCAGGCCACCAUUACGUUCAUAAUUCAGCUGGUGUUUUCCGAGGGUCAGAACAUCAGUUCAGUGCAUUCAAAUCCCACCCUCAAGAGGCUGUGCAAUUUUCCCACACUCCUCCUUUGAGCCACACAGGUUCUUCGACUUUCAAGUCCGCUUUCUCCCCCUACCAGGCACCCACAACGUUUCCCCAGCCUGAAGAGCCGCAGUUUCCCCAAACUUCUAGGGAUGCUGAGUACCGUCGGCCGCCACCAACACCAACGGAGAUGGCAGUUGAAAGUAGCGCCGCUGCCACUGUUGACUUUGUUCCUGUGAAGGACAAACCUGAGGAGCCCCCAGCCCCACCUGAGCCCAACAGUCUCAAUGAACCACCUGUGGUACCCUUCACACAGACUCCAGAAAGGAGCGAGACCCCAGGCACCCCAACCACAGAAUCUGAAAUUCAGCACAACAGUUUGGACUCAAGAAUUGAGAUGCUCUUAAAAGAGCAGAGAACAAAGCUAUAUUUUCUCAAUGAGCAUGACUCGGACAAUGAGAUUAGAAUGGAAGGUAGCCCCAUCUCCUCCUCCUCCUCCCAGCUUUCUCCAAUUGCAACAUUUGGUUCCAACUCUCAGCCCAACUACAGAGCACAAACCCCUUCCUCGCGUCCUUCCAGCACAGGCUUAGAGGACAUUAGUCCAACACCAUUGCCGGAUUCUGACGAUGAGGAGCCAAUACUUGGAAUAACUUCUCUCUCUCAGAAUUCAAAAGGAAUGCCUGAUGCUAGCCUGACUCCCCUUGACCAGCUGAGUAGGACUUCCAAAACAGAGUCCUCUGAACCUAAAGAAAUGUUGCCUGAUAACGAUAGUCCAACUCCAGAAAAAAUGGAAGAGGUAAGUGGUUCAGAUAAGCCUUACUUACAUAUGUGUAAGCGGUGUGGAGAGCUUUGCAUUUCUGAUUUUAAACCGGUGCAACCUCCAAUUCUCAGCCCAAGAAUUGUGUACAGGCUCUGACCCACUUGUGCACGAUGGGCACGCGUGUGCCGUUUCCCGCACUGCGCAGGGGCUGGGCAGACUUAUGCAUGUCCUGCUGAAGUGCACGGUGGCCAGGAGUUGCCUGUGUGCAUCUGUGGUGAACACCCAUGUGCUAUAAAGUGUUUAACUUAUAAAACAAGAUGUGCUUAAUUUGUAAGAUGGGAGACUUAGCCCUGCAUGGAUGUGAUUCCUUUGUAUUGGAAUUGGUUAGGAGUAUUCCAGAGAAGGUGUGGUGCAUGAUCCGAGGCCUUGUGUUGAAAAUUCCCUCUCCACAUCAGCUGGGUUGACUGCUGGGACAAGAAGGGACCUGCUGCUGUCUCUUUUCCAUGCUGCUGUUAAAUCUCCCAUGGGAAACAAUUUUUAGCCAGGUUGUUCUAUUGUCACUUGGAAGCCACCACCUUAUUUCAACAAGCAUUUGGUCUGUCAAGUUGUAAAUGUUUUUAGGCUCCCUGGAGUUGUAAUAUUGUCUGUUAUCUGCUAAACUUGUGAGAUAUUAAAGUAGUUUCCUUCUAAGCUGUCAUGCAUAGGAUUCAGUUGUGCAUCUGCUUCGGAGUUGGAUCUCAUGAAAUGCACUCUUCCUCACUGCAGUAUCUUUUCAAACAUGUUGCUGUUUGUGCCUUCUCCUUGAGUCUCUCAGUCAUUCUACAGGGGCUUAUGACCUUUCCUGCUCCAUAAUUAAAUAUGAGCAAUUGGUCUUUUUAAAAAUUCAUUUAAAAAUGUGUAUAAAACUGAGAACAAUUACAAAAGAUAAAAAUUAAAAGAUGACAAACAAAACUAUAAAAUAGGCACAUAGAAUGCGUAUAGUUACACAUGAGUUAAAAGAACGCUGAUAGUGUUUACCUGAACUUUGUUUAGUUCCAUAUUUGCCAGCUUGUAAUGAGGGUUGUCUUGAAAAUGAUGCUGUCUGUGUAACACAAGAAUGCAAAAUCAUAUAAAAAGUGAAAUAAAAACAGUGAGCUCUCCCUUUUUAAAUGAUUGCAGAUUCCAGCUUAAUAGUUUGCUUUUUGUUGUUGUCAUCUCCCCUCCCCUUUCUGGUGGGACUGAAUCUGAAAUAAUGAUGUACUACCCCUGUAGAAAUGUGAGCUGUUGCUUUUCCAGCUUGCAAAUGAGAUGGAGAGGAGUGCCAAGCUUUAGCCUAUGAAGAGGCUGGGAAAGCAGAGGCUCAUGUUUCAGCCUAUUGUGAGGCUGUUGUUCAUAGCCAGGCUUUCAGAGAAUUCCUCAGCAAGCGGAGGGAAGCAGGGAUAGACGCGGUAGGAAAGAGGGUAGGCACUUUCAGUGUCUCCACCUUUCCAUCCAAAAGGAGAUUUCUUUCUCCUGUUUUUUUAAAAGGAGAUUCCACAAUCUGCAUUGUCUUCUUCAUAAUUCACAUAAAAGAGGAAAUGUAUGCUGCAGUUUUUCUGUGGAUAGCAGUUUCUGUAGCUGUGAGUGUGUUGGCUGUGACGUCUAGGAUAUGUUAUUCUAAAAUGAAGUAACAGCAUUGGGGUGCAAUUUUUAUUGUCUUGUUGAAGUUAUAGCCCCACUCUUCAUUGCAUAGCAACCCCAGGGUGGGGUACUGUAAUUCUCUUUCCUAUGUAUGACCCAUCCCAUGCCUUUUCAGAGCUUUGUUUCUGAACAGGAACAUUGCCACAAGAAGCAUCCUGCAUCCGGAUUGGGCCAAUGACCCUUCUAGUCCUGCAUCCCAGUUCACAGUGGCCAGCCAGAUAGGAACUCUUCUGCUCAUGUUCCCCCAACAACUGGCAUUCACAGGCAUAUUCUGAAUGGGGAGGGGCUGCAGCCCAAUGGCCAGGCAUUUGCUGUGCAUGCAGAAGGUCCCAGGUUCAAUCCCUGGUAUCUGCAGAUCGGACUGGGAAUGCCCCUUGCCUGAUGGUUUGGGCAAUAUUAAGCAAAAUGGACCAGUUGUGUGAUUUGGUGUAAGGCACCUUCCUGUGUGCUGCCUCUAAGACAUCCCUGGAGCGAAGGGUGGGAAGAUAAAUCAAAGUCACCAGGUUUUCUUCUCAGUGCCUGCAUUCUAGUAUUAAUUUUGUUUAUCCUUGCAACAAGAGGCUGAGGUUGCUUUGUCUGAUAGGCAGAGAGGGUGUCAUUCUUUGGACCACUCAAUGAGAUUUGCUGCCAAUAGAUGAUCAGAAUAUAUACUUACCAUAUCUAGGGCCAAUGGUCUAUUCCACACCAAUCUCUCUCUCUCUCUCUCUCUCUCUCUCUCACACACACACACACACACACACACUCUUUUCAUAAGCUAUGUACAGUAUUGCUUCCAGGGCCGGCCCACACAUGAGGCAAGGUGAGGUGACAGCCUCAGGCAGCUGAAUCCACAGGGGCAGCAUAUCCCAAUGCAGAUGGUUAUUUCCCCCCUUUUUCUUGAUGUAGAUUUUCACUCACCCCUUCUUCCCUGGUGGGGAGUGGGGUACGAUAUUGUGGUUCGCUUCAGGUGUCAAAAUGCCCUGGGUUGGCCCUGAAUGUUACAGCAGUUAAGCAGACUGUUGUGCUCAAAGGUCACGGGGCUUUUCUACAACUGACCACCUGGUUUAUUUUUUUAAGAGUUGGAUUCUAACCUGGCUCCCAAGAAGGCAAAGAGGCUCUACAUUCAGCUCUGGAAGUAGACCAUGUAGUGGACUUUCUUUAUGAUCCUUUCUUUGUAUGCAUCUUAAAAUUCCUGUUAUCGAUCCCUGAAAUAGCAUCACUGGAGGCUCCAGUCCAGUACAUACUUACCUGGCAGUAAGUUCAAUCAAACUCAUUGAAACUUGCCUCUGAAUAAACAUGCACUAGAUCAGGCCACAAGUGUCUUUUGGUCAAAUGGAUGCUGUAGUAACUAAGGUUAAGAGAGGGAGCAUCUGUGUUUAAGGAAGCACAGAGAUUCAGUAUGUAGGAAAAUAAUAAUAAUAAAAUUUUAUUUAUAUCCCGCCCUCCCCAGCCGAAGCCGGGCUCAGAGCGGCUAACAACAGUAAAGUAAUACAACAUUCUAAAAUCAUUUCAUUAUAACAUCAGCUCAAAUCAAAUUAAUGGCAACCAUUGGGCUAGAGUUCUGUGAGGAUUGCCAAAGGAGGGGGUCACAACAACAAAGGAACCAACGACAAAGGAAGGAAAAGUGGGAGCAUGUUUUAUUCUGUGUUAGUAAAUCCAGUCACAAUGGCAAAUGUGUUAAAAUUGCCACUUGCGGAGUCCAUUGUAACUGUCCUUUUUAUGUAGAGCUAUGUAGUCACAUAUUGAGAUAGAACUAAGCCAUCUUGAAUAUGCACAUUAGGAGAAAUAACCAUUCUGAAAGAAAUGAUUAACUAAAUAACCCUAAAAUGCUAGGCUGGACAAUAAAUGAUCCAUUCUGCACUAUUACAGCUUACUGAUUCUGUUUAAAAUGGUGACCAUUACAUAGGAGGUUAUUCUAGGCUCCCUUAUGGCAGGGGCUCAAUAUCCUCAGGUUUCCCCAUGUGCUGUCCUGGAUGACCUGCUCCAACACAGUUUGGUUUGCCCAACCAGGAAGGAAGCUGGCUAAAGUAGGUGGCAUGAUCUGUUGAACAGAUCAUAAAAGUAGGUAUGACCCUUUAAAAAAAGUCAUGAUUCCAUCAGAGGUGACUCCUUCCUUGUUUAUCUGUUUUUACAUGGUAGUGCUUGGUACUAGUUGCUCUGUGAACUGCAUGAGAUCUGUACUUCAGAAACUCUCCUGGAAUAUUACCUUGCUUUGAAUUUUGGCAGUAAUGGUUAUUUUUGCAAGGAAUUAGGAAAUUAAUAUGAUAGGAUAUGGGUGGCCAGCCCUUAUGCUGGACUGGUGUGGUCCUGUCUCCCUGGUUCAGUAGACCAGAGACAAAUGCCCCAAAGUGUGGGAGCCCUUUUGGUCUGAACCAAGUGGCAGGCAGCAUGGUGAGAGUUCAGUACACCACCUCCUGGAUCAGUCAAUGUCAAAGCCGUUUGAGCUCCUGUUGGUUUCUUUAGCUGUGAACUGCCAGAGUUUUCCCACCCAUGGAUGCUACUUGCUAGGUCCAUAGCCCCGCCUCUUGUCUGCAGGAGCCAAUGUACUUUUUAUUGGAGUUGCUUAUAAUGGAUUUUUUUUAAAUUUUUUUUGGAAAUUAUUAUUUGAAUGUUUCAGAUAGCUGUUUUUAACUGUGCAGUUUUUAUUGUUUUAUUCUUUUUUAAAACAAUGAUUUUUUUUAACAAUCAAGGAAUAUAUAAUUGUAUGAAAUAAAUAGUUUUGGAAAAACAGAGUUCAAAUAAAUAAAAAUAAUACAAAAUGAUUGGUAUUAUAACGAUUUAUAUAAAGAAUAGCAGACCUCUGUUGUAUGCAGUAAUGCCCUCUAUUUAUAUUCAGACUGUGGGUGCCGUUACUUAUGUAGCCAAAAUAGCACUAGUCACACACAGGAAUGAGGAAUCGGCAAAUAUGCAGAAAUACAACAGAUUUUUUUUGGGGGGGGCCACCCUAAAAGUUAGGGCUGAGCCUGCUCAGUGGCCUCAGAACAGUUUGUUGUGGCAAGAAAACAGGGAGAAUGGAAUGGCGUAUCUUGUUGGAGGGCAUGGCUGGCUUAGUGGAGCAGGAACAUAUGGCACUGCAAUAUUUUGUUGCAAGGUCCACUUUUUCUCUGUCAGCAUCUUAACUGUACAUAUUCAGUACAGGUGCCCUCCUGCCUUACUGGUUAAAUACAAUUCCUGGUUCUGUAGCAGUUUGCAAAUAAGGCUGAAUUCCAUAUCACCAUUUUUAUUCCUGCUCUUCCUUUCAAAUAUUAUACUAAUUCAAUUUGCAGGUUCGUAUGCAUUCUUUCAUCCACUUAUAUCUCUCACUUUGCUUAAAAUUAUUAUUGCCAUGUAUUUGUGUUGAUGGACAUUGCCACAGUCUAUGGGAAAAGUCUGCCAAGUAGCCAGUGAACUUGCUUCACACAUUUUGAUGUACUUGGAAGUGCUCCCCAUUAAGUUGCAUCUAUUAUUGGAAGGAAUUGGUGUAGCUAUAUUGGAUGAAGCUCCCUCUGUGUUCUGCCUCCCUGUUAUCCCUUUGCAGUUCCAAAUGCAUGUGAUAUUCUCUCUUUGCCUCCUGUUGUUUAGUGUUGUGUCAUUACAUGCUGUUUAACAGCUGCUGCAAUUCUGCUCUGAAAUCGGUUGUUUCAGUUCUUUGGUAAUAGAUUCCUCUUUCUGCAUAGACUAUCUUUAUCUAUUAAAGCUUCAUGUGUGCUUUUUGAAGUGCCCUUCUCAUACAAACUUAAUUUCCACAGUGGGAUUCUUGCUCACCCCUCCCCCAGUGAAAAUUUUACAGGAUUGGCUUCAGGCAGUGGGUUGUCUUACAUCCAUUCUAUUAGCAAGAGGGAGCAAGGCAAGAACAUACAAGAAUUUGGUGAUUAGGAGAGAGAUGGGGAGUGUGACCCUGUUCUCCUUGAUCUCUUGACUCCUUUCGAUACCAGGGUGUCCUUCUGGAGUGACCAUGAAAGUUGGUGGAGGGAUGUUGUUCAGCCUUGUGGAGACAUCGUUGUAGGAUUUCACUUUUAUGCUCCACAGUAUUUAACAUCAGCAUAAAACUGGUCGGGAUCUUCUGUAGAUUUGGAGUCAUCAGUAUGCCACUAAACUGAAGCUUAAUCCAGAUAAGACUUGAGGCACUAUUGCUGCUACAGGAUUGGAAAGUGGGAAGAACUUGCUCAGCAAUGAAGCAGACAGGAGGAUGGCUCUCUUCUAUCAUAUUAACUGUAGAAAGUGUAGAAAGUGUGGUUGUAGGCAAGAGUACCUCUUUCGCUCUCAGGUGCCAGAUUAGACUUUGAGGCUUUCAAAGUUUGCAUAUUACACAAAGUCUUCUUACUGUACCUUCUUAGAAAGCAGCAGUGUUGGCUACAUAUCACUUCUGCCUUUUCUAAGAAAUUUUAUUCUAAGUAAGCUUGAGGGUAGUGAUCCCUGGAAUUGUUCUUGCUGUGAUUUUUUUGUUCAUUUGGUUAAAUUAGUUGUUUUGGAUGUAUGUAUUCAUUUUAUAAAUAAUAUUAAGCAUAUGUUGAGAAAUGAAUUUGUCACAAAUACAUUGACCAUCCUAUUCAUCUACUUUCAGCCCAGAUUAUUAUGAAUCCAGAUAGCAGAGCUUUUGAAUGUGAUCUCAAGGUCACCCCUGGAGUACAAGUUCCAUUGAAAUCAAUAAAACUUGCUUCCAUGUAGAAGUGUCAAGGAAUCUUAUUUUGCUGGGUGUGGGGGCUCAGUUUCUAACAAGAGAAGGUCUGACACCACCGUGGCUCACACCUCAUUGGAAACUGCAUCCUCUGACCUUGACAUCCUUAUAUCUGGUGCAUGAUGGGCUACAAUGUGGUAGUGAGAGAACCACACUCUGUACAUGUUUAGGAGCAUACUUGUUUUUAUUAUGACAUCAUUCUGAGUCUGCGCCUUGUAACACAGAAUAGGUUCCAAACCUAAAGUCCGUUUGGAUUUUUUGCAAACCUAGUAAGAGGAAACUGGUUUUAUGGCUAAGCAGAGUGUUCUUUUAUACGAUCUGCAGAGAAACCAGAGUAUGUGAAGCAGAGUGUUCUUUUCACUUGAGUACCCAUGGCUUAAAAUGUAGCAACAAUGAAGGAAUAGUUGUUAUUAUCAUUGUUGUGGGGAUUUUUUUAGCGGGGGCAAAUAUUACCAAGGCUCCACUCCUCCAGCAUCUGAACAGGGAUAUGGUAUUAAAGUUGCAGGCUUCCUCUGUUCCUGUCACCUGGUUCCAAAUUAGGAAAACAUGGGGUGGCAGGAGACCAAGUGCUAAAUAUUGCCUUGCCCCAUCCUAUGUUAAUGGCAUGGCAGUUUUUUGCAGAGAAGCGCAGUUAUUGCCCAGCUCUCAUGGCUCAAUAGAGCAGCAAUGCUGAGAGGCUAUUGUGGUUGAGAAUUUGAGAUACUUCUUCGUCUGAAGGGGGUUCAUCCUAAGUGUCUUGUUAUCGACUUCACAAUCUGAGUCGCAAAUCAUCUUGCAAAUGUGCAAGCCUUCAUUGCUGGUCUUCUUGCUAUCCUUUUCCAGAACUUAAUGAAAUGCUGUCUGCUUUUCCUGACACCCACAAAGUUGCUGAGCUUUUUCAAGGAAACCACCAGAAUUGUUUGUUGCCAUACACCCAGGUUUUCCAUGACAUUUUGCCACAUCCCCCUCCCCACCAUUUUUACACCUGAAAACCGGAACGUGUCGGGAAUAUUCCUGAUGAAUGGCAAGCCUAUGUCUGCUGGAAGUUGUUCUGCAAAUGAAAUGGCUCAUUUUAAAAUUCUGCCCUUUUGACUUGGAGCCUGUUGGAUCCCUUUCAGAAGCAAUGGGAGGGUCUGUGUAUGCUUUGCCUCAGUUUCUUAAAAAGAAAUGUUGCAACCCCUAGAAAGUUUUUAAAAAUCAAAAACGGAUUUGAGGAAGAGCAAAAUCCGACAGAGGUGCUGAGUACCUCUGAAGACCAGUUGCUGAGAAACAAGCAGCUGGGGGGGGGGGGUUGCCUUCCUUCCCUGGAAGGGGGGGGCGAGGAAUGUGACAGAGCCAUCUUUGUUAAACAAGGUCUGCCCCAGCAAGGCAAUUCUGGUGCUUUUGCAUUUCCUUUGGUUAGCUGCUCUGAAUGCCCCAUUCGUGCUCUCUGGUCUUUAUGUGCAGUCCCUGGGUAUCCACGUAGCAUUGUCAAGGUGCCAGUUAAUUCUGUUACGUUAGAGCAAAGGAGGAUGGCCCAUGGCCAAAAUUAGAGCGCCUCCCUCUUCUUUAUCCCUCAAGAAGGGCUUUGUCAUCCCCAGGAGUGUGGAUAUCUCCUCUCCAGAACAACAGGUGUAAGAAGGGCAUGGACCACAAACCAGAGUCUUAAAAGUCUGCCUCUUGCUUGAGCCUCUGGUGCAAAACAAAGUUGUUGUUUACGAACAAGGGGCAUUUUGCAUCCCUUGGAAAUUCCCUCUUUUGAGAGAGGUGAGUGGCUUUGCUCUCUCUGCAAGUUCCCCGCUGUGAUCAACUGAUUCUCUCCCUGCUCCCCGCCCCACCGGCCCCAUUUUCUCACUUGCCCCUUUUACCAAUUUCUCUUGGUAAGAGGCGAUAACUAAUUAGGAAGCUGCACCUGAGCCUGCCACAUUGUGUGGCACAAACACCAGCACGGUGGCAUUUCUUUACAAGCCAGUAGUCUUGGGACUGUGUUGCAGUUUCCAGGGGAAUAUCUCCCUCCACCCCUCUGCGUCUGGAAAGCUCAGUUUAAAUUUCCUCUCGUGAGAGUUUAAUAAAGCACUGUAAACGAGGCCUUUUGUUGUUCAGUUUUCUUUCCUUCCAGCAAGGUGUAGUAUUGUAUUUUAACAAGCAUUUGGAUUGGGGUGCAGCAGCAGCAGCCCAGCCCUGUAGGUAGAUGGCCGGUGGCAGUUGCAAACCAUGUGCUUUGGCUCAAGAGGGCCGGUGUGCUUCAGAGCACUGGUGAAAACAACCCUAGACGGAGAGGACACACUGUCUGGCUGCUUCUUGGAGAAUAAACAGCAGAUAUUCGAUGCAACAUCUACUCUGGAAGGAGCUGCUGGUCUUCUUUGUUUUCUUGCUGCAUGGUUCCAAUUGGUGGUGGUUGUUGUUUAGUCGUUUAGUCGUGUCCGACUCCUCGUGACCCCCUGGACCAGAGCACGCCAGGCACUCCUGUCUUCCACUGCCUCCCGCAGUUUGGUCAAACCCAUUCUGGUAGCUUCGAGAACACUGUCCAACCAUCUUGUCCUCUGUCCUCCCCUUCUCCUUGUGCCCUCCAUCUUUCCCAACAUCAGGGUCUUUUCCAGGGAGUCUUCUCUUCUCAUGAGGUGGCCAAAGUAUUGGAGCCUCAGCUUCAGGAUUUGUCCUUCCAGUGAGCACUCAGGGCUGAUUUCCUUCAGAAUGGAUAGGUUUGAUCUUCUUGCAGUGCAGUCCAUGGGACUCUCAAGAGUCUCCUCCAGCACCAUAAUUCACCAAUAGGUACUCUGCCAAAAUAUAUUUGAUAUCUGGAUAAUGUAAUGCAGGCUUCCCCAACCUGGCACCCUCCACAUGUUUGGGACUGCAACUCUCAUGAGGCUCAGGCAGCGUGGCCCAGUGGGCAGGGAUGGUGGGAGCUGUGGUGUAACUGGAAGGCAUCAGCUUGGAGAAGUUGCAGAGAGACUUGUUGGACUUUGAGGGAGGCCUGCAUUCUGGCCCCCCACCUUGUACUGAAGCUCACUGGAUGGCUGUGGGCCAGGAUUGAUGGAUUGCAUUUAUAGCCACCUUUUCCCCAAGGAGCUCAAUGUGGUGCACAUGGUUCUCCCCCUCCUCUUUUAAUCCCCACAACAGUCCUGUGGGGUAAGUUAGGAUGAGAGGCAGGGACUGGCCAGAGGCCACCCAGUGAGUUAUGGCUGAGUGGGGAUCUGAACCCUGGUCUCCCAGGUCCUAGUCCAUACUCUGUUAUGCUCUACUACAGGGGCCUUUCUGCAGGGGCAAAACUAGGCACAUACACUAUGUAAAAUAAUGAAAAAUUUUCUAUCCCCCCACCUCUCUUCCCCACCUCUCUUCUCCCUCUAACCUCAUGCUGUCAUUAACAUUAGUGUCUCACAUUGAAUGUAACAUCCAUUAAAAGGACUUGAUGAACUGAAAGUUUAAUCUUCAGUUAAAACAAUUUUUAAAAGCUAAGCCAUAGCAUUUUUCUUCUACAUUCGCUCUCUGCCUAGACCCUGUUUUUCUUCCUCCCUGGCUACACCCUGCUUUCUGCAUUUGUUCUUUCUUACUCUCCAUGAUUUCUCUUGUCUUGAACAAGCUUUUUAUCCUUCUGAAUUUUAUUUUAAUUGAACCCUCCUUAAUUGACAGCCUCCUCCUUCCAGCUGGCUUUCUUUUGAUUUUUGGUAUAUUUCCCCACUCCUGCUUCCUCUCCCAUUUCCCCAUCAUAUUUCUAAUGUAUUGCUUAAAAUAAAUUUUGGAUUGCAAAACUUGUCCCCUCCAUGCAUGCAGGUCAGUUUCCAGCCAUGAAGCUGUUGGAGGCACAAGGGGCUUUUGCAAUGUUGCCUCUGCAUAAAGUUCAUAAGGUUUUGGUGGUAGCUUUUAAUUCACCCAACUUGCCUUCAACCCAUCUGUGAUUCCUAUUUCCUGUUUCAGAAUACAAAUGGCAAAUAUGCCCAUAUAUUUAAAUACUGGUUAAAAUAUUUCCUGUGCACUUCCCAUGCCCCAAGGUACUCUGAGCUGCCCACAGAGCUGGGGUGGACUUUGGCUGCCAUGCGUUAUAUGGGAAGGGUUGCAUUCUCAUAGACUGAGGCCAGCAGUUUUGCACUGGGCUUCACCUGGUACAUUAUGAUCUUGCCAAAAAAAGACACAACUUUUUGUAAGGGGGAGAGAGAGGCAAAGAUGAACCAAUCUAGAGUAUAGCAUAAGUAAAAUAAGUCAGGAAGAUGUGUCUUUUUCUGUUUCUUGACCCACAUUCUGUGUAUCAGAGCAUGUUAUCCAGGCUUUUUCUUUUCCUAUAUUCAAGUUAUCCUCAAGUUCCACUUUCCAGCAGAGAUGAACGGAGCCUUUUUUCCCACCCAGGGCCAUCCCUGGAGGGGGCAAAUAGGGAUGAUUGCUCCAGGCCCUAUAUUCACAGAAUCGUAGAGUUGGAAGGGAUGCUGACAGUCAUUUAGCCCAACCCGCUGGAAUUCAGGAAUCUCGGUUGAAGCAUCAAUGACAGGUGACCAUCCAACCUCUGCUUAAAAACUCCGAGGAAGGAGAGUCCACCACCUCCCAAGGGAGCCUGUUCCUGUUGAUGAGCUCUUCCUAUCAAAGUUCUUCCUGGUGUUGAGUUGGGAUCUCCUUUCCUGUAACUUGAAGCCGUUUGGGUCCUACCAUCCCACUCUCUCCUGGCACUGAGAGCCAUGACUGGUGGCCCUGCCGUUUUCUGUUCACUCAAGAGACUUUCCACCUCCUCUCUUGCUAGAGCAAGGCAGGGAGGGUAGAAGCAGAGGAACUCACCGGUUGAAAUGUGUGAAAGAGACUGUUGCUGCUAAAUUGGUGGCAGAAAGUAAGCCAAGGAGGAGGGGGUGCCAUGAAAAGGAAGAGAGGCAGUGGGGCUCUGUGCGCCGUGUUCUUGCUCCAGGGACAGGCCCAUUCUAGUAGUGUUUGCAGCAUGUUCACUAAAGGGCUUGUUGAACUGAGCAACAAACACGCGCAACCCACCUUUUUUUUGCAAAUGUGCCUUUUCUCCUCUCUUACUGCUAUUUUAUCAUUUUAAUCUUCAAGCUGACAUGCCAACUUCAUUGCACUUUGAUCUGACAUGAUAGACCAGGCAGGGCCAAACUUGGCCCUCCAGAUCUUUUGGGGCUACAAUUCCCAUCAUCCCUGACCACUGGUCCUGUUAGCUAGAGAGGAUGGGAGUUGUAGUCACAAAAACAUCUGGAGGGCCAGGUUUGGCCAUGCCUGUGAUAGACUACUGCUGCAAGAAACAGCAAAGGGUGGUUUCUCCAUUUUUGUGGGGGACAAACUGAAGUUGAGUGAGAGCAUCUCUUAACCUGAACUUGUUAGGUAGCCUUGGGCAAAAUUGGGCAAAAUCUUGGGACUUCUCCAUCCAAGAUGAAACUUCCAUUGACAGCUCUGUGUGGCUUCUUUCCAUAUUCAGUUUUAUAUUCUCUCACCUUCCUAUGACUCCUGAGUUGUUCCUAAGCAGAAUCAAGAAUAGGUAAGGGUUACAGGAGAGUUUCUUGUGAUUAUAUGCUGUCCUUUGCUGAUUUAAACCCAUGUUCUUUUUCAUUUAGCCACAGGCUGGUAAAGAGCACAUUUCUUUCUGUAAACUUUGCUUUUUGGAAGCAACUGCCCUCUGGUGGUAGUAAAUUGAUCAGCGGAUACUUGAUGAAAACCAGAUUAGAUUUCUGGAUUGCUUUUAGUGUUACAUUUCGAACUGGGAAUGCUCAUAGUUAGGGGGAAGGGUCCAAAUAGUAAGUAUUAAGAUGACCUUGUGGUAAAGUUCUUCAGGUUUUAAUAUACAAAUACCCCUGACAGUUUGAGCACCUCAUAGGAUGUGAUUUUACAUGUUUUGUUGAACUGAAUGUCUCCCAAGAAAAUACUAAGUUGUCUUGGAUGCACAUGUCUUGAGGAGACAAAGUUACUCCCCCUCCCUGAUUUUUAUUUACUUGUUUUGCUAAUGGGACUGUAAUCCUAGACUAAGCAGAAUAUGUUUCUCUUUUCCUCACAGUGUCAUCAGUCUUCAGGGGAAGACAUGGAGAUCUCCGAUGAUGAAAUGAACCAAUCUCCAAGCACAGAAUGUGCCAAAAACAUUGUGGUGAAUACUUCUGUUGGCAACUCAGCUGUGAUGGCUCCCUCAAUUCCUAUGCCUCCCCAUGGUUUUCCUCCCCUGCCUCCCCCACCCCCACCCCAGCCGGUCUUCCCAAUGCCACCUCCUCCUCCUCUCCCUCCCCCGCCUCCCCCAACUCACCCCGCAGUCACCGUCCCGCCUCCCCCCCUCCCAGCGCCUCCUGGGGUUCCACCCCCUCAUAUCUUGCCUCCACUUCCUCCGUUCCAUCCUGGGAUGUUUCCCCUCAUGCAAGUAGAUAUGAUCAGUGUCUUGGGCAACCAAUGGGGAGGCAUGUCAAUGUCUUUUCAAAUGCAAACCCAAAUGCUGAGCCGCUUGAUGCAAGGGCAGAACACUUACCAGUACCCCCCGUUCAUGGGGAACCGGAUGCAGUUUGUCAACCUUCCUCCCUACCGACACUUUUCCAUGGGAGCAGCUAUCAACCGUGGACAGCAGUGGCCCCCUUUGCCCAAGUUUGACCCCUCGGUUCCUCCUCCGGGUUACCAGCCCAAGAAGGAAGAUCCGCAUAAGGCCACUGUGGAUGGUGUCCUCUUGGUGAUUGUGAAGGAACUUAAAGCAAUAAUGAAGAGGGAUUUAAACCGGAAGAUGGUGGAGGUGGUGGCCUUCAGGGCAUUUGAUGACUGGUGGGACAAGAAAGAGCGUCUGGCAAAGGUAACCAUCAAAUCUCACCCCUCUUUUCCAAUGGCUUUUCAAUGACAGACAGUUUGCACCACCUGCCUCUUUGCAUCUUUCUGUGUUUCCCCUAGUUCGGGCUUGGAUAUACAUAAAACAAGUAACAUGACAGGUGUAUGGCAAGGCAGUAAUAAUAACUUCAGAGUUCACAAAUAUUUUCUUAUAGAUAGAUGCAUGCACUAUAUAGGAGGAACCAAAGCUUAGUGCAUGCAUGCAUGUAUAGGAGCACAGGUCUGAUUCCUUAUCGCUCAAGGCUAUUGUUGUUGUUUUAAAGGGAUCUCUAGUGUAAGGGUGUGAAAGUCUUUUAUCUGAAACCUUAGACUAGAGAGUCAGCUGUGUUUGGAGUAGGCAGUAUGGAGCUAGAUGCAUGACUCCAUUUGAGGCAGCUCUCUGUGUAUGUUUGUGUGUGAUUUCUGUGUGACUUCAGACAUGGCUUAGAGCAGGCAUAGGCAAACUCGGCCCUACAGAUGUUUUGAGACUACAAUUCCCACUGGUCCUGUUAGCUAGGGAUGAUGGGAGCUGUAGUCCCAAAACAUCUGGAGGGCCAAGUUUGCCUGUGCCUGGCUUAGAGUAUGUCCACGUCUUUACAAAUGGCAAAAGUGUACUUAGCACUGCCUGACCUUCACAAAUUCCUAAAACCCAGUGUGGAUAUUAGGCUACAGCCUACAUGAGAAAACCUACAUGGUUUUUGCACCACAAAAGGAUCAUGCCAAAUUAAGGUUGUUUUCUGCCAGGCAAGGUGGAGAGUUUGCAGUUUAAUCGACAGACUCUCUGCAGUAGGGAAAGUAGGCACAUCCUUCUGAUGUUUUUGACAUUUGCCUCCUCCCUAGAAUUUGUUCAGGCUGAACUUUUCCAAUGGAAGUCAAGCAGGGAUGUUCCAUAAGUGCUAUUGAUGGAUUUGAGCACCUUAAGUCUGUACUUGUUCAGGGAAAUUUGAGCUUUCGUAUGAGUAGAUGCUGCUGCUUUGUUCAAGCACCCAAUUUUUAGCGUCUGCACCAGUGUGUUAGUGUCCUCUUUUUUAAUCCUGCUUGUCUUGCAUAGGCAUCACUUACUCCAGUAAAAUCUGGAGAACAUAAAGAUGAGGAGAAGCCAAAACCAAAGGACCGCAUCACAUCUUGUCUUCUGGAGAACUGGAACAAAGGAGAAGGUCUGGGUUACGAGGGGAUUGGCUUGGGCAUUGGGUUACGCGGGGCCAUCCGGUUGCCAUCUUUCAAGGUAAGAGCAGCCUUCAAUAUCUAGUUAUUCAUAAUAUGAACCCUGCUUUCCUAUAGUACUGUAAAUAAUGUUAAAAUUGAGUCACAGUUUUAAUGUCUCAGCUGUUGCACACUUUUUGCCCAAUAAACUGCCUGUACUUUUAGCUCUCUAACCUUACAGAAAUGAUUAAUAACCCAGUAUUGGCUCUUCACACCACCACCAAUGCUAUUACUGGCUGAUUUAUGAUGGUGCAUUUGCCUCUAUCCCCAUGUGAGUUUUAGAGAGCACACUGGAAGACUUGAAGGAUGGGGAAAAGUUAGGGGGGAGAGUGUUGUUUAGAGAAAGCAUGCAAACAUGGAAAGUGGUUGGAGAUCUGUAAUGAAGAACAUCACCUUUAUGAGAAAUCCUUUAAUAGAUUGAAUAAAAGAGGUGAUAAGUCUUUAAGGUUUCUGUCUUAUUCCAACUUUCCUAAUUCACAUGUUUGCACUUCUGUGUAUUUAGAUGUUUGAACUGGCUUCAAUGGCAAUUUUGAUGUUCACACAAUUUCAAUAUUGAUGUUCACACUGGUCUAAUUGUUCUGUUGCCUUUUAAAUUACAAACUGAAGUAAAAAUGUGUUCACAAACAUAAAAAGGAAAGCAAACAUUGGCACUCCCAUAUAGUCAUUUUCUGGGAGUAAGGUUCUUGUAUGCUGUGAAGUGGGGAGCACUUGUAAAUCUAAAAACAAGUACCGUAUUUUUCGCCCUAUAGGACGCACCUUUUCCCCUCCAAAAAUGAAGGGGUAAUGUGUGUGCGUCCUAUGGGGCGAAUGCAGGCUUUCGCUGAAGCCUGGAGAGCGAGAGGGGUGCGCACCCUCUCACUCUCCAGGCUUCAGGAAGCUAUCCGCAAGCCUGGGGAGCCCGCGGGAGUUCCCGCCGGGCUCCCUAGGCUUGCGAAUAGCAGCCUGCAUCCUGAAACCCGGGGCGCAAAGCGGAGCGAGCCCCAGGCUUCGCGCAGCUCUCCGCAAGCCGUGGGAGCCCGGCGCGACUUCGCGCUGGGCUCCCUAGGCUUGUGGAGAGCUGCCUGUUCUGGGGGCUGGGGUCGGGGGAAGCUCGGGCUUCCCCCGCUCCAGCCCCGCGCCUGAGGGGAAAUAAUUUUUUCCCAUUAUUCCCCCCCCCCACAAAAACUAGGUGCGCCCUAUGGGCCGGUGUGCCCUAUGGGGCGAAAAAUACAGUACAUCUCCCAAAAUUGGUUAAUUCUGUCCUUUCUGCAGGUGAAGAGAAAGGAGCCACCUGAAGCUGCCUCAACUGGAGACCAGAAGAGAAUCCGUCCCUCUACUUCGGUAGAUGAUGAAGAUGAAGGUUUGUGAAGCCAUAUUUUCCUCCAAAACACAGUAAGGGUUUCACACUGCUGAAUCCUCUAAUCUUCACGCUGGUGAUUUGUCUCUCAAUCUGGACACUCUAUACAAAACUAAGAGUUCCAAAUUCUCUUUGUCCUAAUUUUUGCAAUUUAAUGUCAUAUGUGGGACCAAUCUGUAACACAGAUAAGACUCCGUGUUCAGUGUUGCAGUUAAGAUGGGCACUGUUCCAUUAAGUAAUGUCUAAAAUCACGGUAAAAAUAUUUUUGUAUCAUGGAAAGAACAAGCUGUUCAGUGUUAUAACUGGUUUAAUGCUAUUUCAGUAUGAAAUGAAAGACACCCCCCCCACAGUUCUUGUUAAUUGUCAUUAAAUGCUUUGCCCUCCCAGAGCUCCUUGGAGAAGGCCAAUAAUAAUAAUAAUAAUAAUAAUAAUAAUAAUAAAUUAAUUAGUCAUAUAAUUAAUUAUAUGACUACUAUAAUAAUUAUAUGACUAAUAUAAUUAAUUAAGUAGUAGUCAUCUUGACAUAGUGCACUUCAUUAAUCUGAGCACCCACAGUUUUUUGUUUUUGUUUUUGUUUUCUUGUCUUUUUUCUGAGCACCCACAGUUGUUCAGUAUUCAAGCACCAAUUUCUUGCCAGCUUUGGAAGGACAUAGCCUGACUGGAGUUCAGUAACCUAACUAGGAAGAGAAACUGGGAGUUCCUUCCUUUGCUGUGCAUUUAAACCCUAUUGACCGGGAUAAAGUUUUGGUGUACUUAACUCUUCCUAGAUUGCGUACCAUCUUCUUGAAAGAUUUAAGGAAGCCAGAUUGCAGCUAACAAGCAAGGCCCACUCUCAACCUCUUUUUCCUAAACUCAUAGGGUGCAACCGGCCAAGUUAAGCUUUGCAGUCCCAUGGACCUUGGUGGAAGCAAUAAGCACAGGCUUACUUGCCCCUAAAUGUAAUCAGUGGUUAAUUUUUAGCAUGGACUGGAUCGUGCCACUAAUGCACUGAAAACAUUUCAUCACAUUGAAUGUUUUGGAUUAAAAGCUCUGAGGUUCCCAAACAUUCGGCUACUGAGGGAUGGAGAUUUCUUCCCCUAUUUCUUAAUGUGUCAGAAAUGGUGUCUUGAAAAAUAAAUCCUUGCAUAGGGUGCAUGUCCAGAGAUGCAGAUCCCAUGUGCACAGAAGAACCAAAUGUUUCCAUCCGCCACAGGCACCCUCUUCCUUCAGUUCCAUCCCUCAAAAACCACCUUUUCUGUGAAGCCUUUGGAGUGAGUCCCUUUAUCCUUCUAUAACUAACCUUCACGAGAUUUAACCGGCCCCUAAGACUCCUAAGGAAAAGCCAAAAUGCUAGACUUGAGGACACUGCUGCAGUGAUAGCAAAGCCUCCUUCCAUGGUUGCCUUCUUUCUUCUAGAGAGAGAACUCGGAUGUGGGGUACAAUGUGGCAUUCAGCUGCUCCUUUCCCACCUAAACCCAGGGCCCAUCAUAAUGACUCCCACUUCUCUGGUGUGUUAUAUACAUGGGAGAUAGAAUAACGCCAAGUAUGUAGUUUCUCCUAACACGUAACAUAUUUUCAAGGUGACACAAGUAUCGAGCACAUUUCCUUAGCUGCAUUUUCUUUCUUCUUAAAAUCUAUUUAUUUAACAAAUGAGCAAGCGAAAGAAAACACUUUUUAAAAACCCACCUACUUUCAGUUUUCUAAGGCAGGAAUCCAUUUUUGUCACUUUGGGAAUGUCAUGGCUGGCUGCUUCUUCAACUUUUUCAUGCAUUUCCACACUCCCAGAAUCAGAACGAGAUCGAGACCUGCCGGAUGCAGCCUCUGACCUCUCCAAGAAAGAUGGUGAAGUGGUCGGCCUCAGGAGGAGACCCGGAAGGCCGCUGGAACUAGACAGUGAAGGAGAAGAGGAGGAUUCAGGCAAGGAGGAGGAAUCGUCUUCUGAAAAGGAGGCCGAGCAAGAGGAAGGGGAAGGGGUGAUGAAAUCCGUUUCUGACAAGGUAGGUCCCACAACCAACCUGGGCUUUUUUCUCUUGGCUGUGUAUGUGUAUGUGUGAGUGAAAGCCAGCACCUCCCUCUUGUAGUAGUAGUAGUAAUAAUAAUAAUAAUAAUAAUAAUAAUAAUAAUAAUAAUUUAUUAUUUAUACCCCACCCAUCUGGCUGGGCUUCUCCAGCCACUCUGGGCAGCUUCCAAAAAAAUAUUAAAAUACAGUAAUGCAUCAAACAUUAAAAGCUUCCCUAAGCAGGGCUGCCUUCAGAUGUCUUCUAAAAGUCUGGUAGUUGUUCUUUUCUUUGACAUCUGGUGGGAGGGUGUUCCACAGGGUGGGCGCCACUACCGAGAAGGCCCUCUGCCUGGUUCCCUGUAACUUGGCUUCUCGCAGCGAGGGAACCACCAGAAGGCCCUCGGAGCUGGAUCUCAGUGUCCGGGCAGAACGAUGGAGGUGGAGAUGCUCCUUCAGAUAUACUGAACCAAGGCUGUUUAGGGCUUUAAAGGUCAGCACCAACACUUUGAAUUGUGCUCAGAAACGUACUGGGAGCCAAUGUAGGUCUUUUAUGUGGUCUCGGCAGCCGCUCCCAGUCACCAGUCCAGCUGCCGCAUUCUGGAUUAGUUGUAGUUUCUAGGUCACCUUCAAAGGUAGCCCCACUGGGGCUAAGUUGCUAAGUCAAAGGGAAAGAUGGGUUUUGUGGCAGGCUGUUACCCCCUAGCCACAAAGUUUUCUUUCUUCCUUGCUUACAUUCUAGAUAUUGCUUGGAAUCAGGGCUGAGUCAAGACCUUUAGAGGCCCUAAGCACUUAAAAGUUUCUGGUGCCCCCCCACAUAUCUAAUUCAAAAUAUAAAAAAUAAUAAACGGUAAACUAAAUUUUUAUUUUUCAGAAUGGAACAAAACCUGCAUUAAGAUGGAAAAGAAUAUUUAUUUUUGUUACUUUCACUUUAUAUUUGAAACAUUUUCUCCUGCUUUUACUAAUGUCAAAGGCUUUGAUCAGAUCCUAAAAACUAAUCUUAUGUAACACAUCAGCUUCUAUACUUAGUAAAGAUAAGACAUCCAGCCUCUCUUGUUGCAUAGUUGUUCCGUUGGGAUUUUUAAUACACUUCAGUUGAGAAAAUUGAUGCUCAGCAGAGCAGUUUGUGACCAUUAAUGUUAAAAAUCUGGCAGUGGAAAAUGCCUGUGGUGCCCCCUUCCCUUGAUGCCCUAAGCAUGUACUUAUUUCACUUAAUGGUUAAUCCAGCCCUGUUUGGGAUAUCCCUUUGUGUAGCUACAAUUGAUUAGAUAUGUUCAUAUGUGUUGCUUUUCUGAGUUUUGAAAUAUUUCUGUAGCUUAUUUCCCCCCUUAAAAAAACUUUAAAUGUGUCUUCCAUUCUAUAAAGAAGUGUCAUAUUGCAUGUCCUGAGUCCACCAGCCUAUCUUUUUAUCUAGACAUUAUACCAGAUGUGCCACAAUGGCACUGGACCGCUUUCUUAUGUAAUAAUAUAAGCCCUCGGUCAACAUGCUCCCCACCUGCAAAAAAACGAGAGUUUGUUGCACUUUUAAAAUGCCUUCUCUCUCAAGGAACAGGAGGAAGACCUCAAUGAAGAGGAAGGGGAGGAAGAAGAUGAAGAUGAUGAUGACGAAGACGAUGAUGAAGAAGAGGUUGAAGCAGAAACAAGUGGAAAGGAAGAGGAACAAGAUUCUGAAGAAGGUAUGGUCUCUUGUUAGCUCUAAGUAAAUGAGAUCUUGAUGUUUUGACUAGCUGACUAGAUGAGGCAUUGUCCAGAUCUCCAGGUAAUAUUUAACUGGUGCUCAUUAGAACAAAAGCUCAGCAGGACCUCCUGCAAGGUGUGAGGCAAGCUCAGUUUCAUGAGCUAUCCUGAAAGGGAUUGAAGAUAAAGCAGCAAGUAUUGUCAUAUAAUAGUAUAAUUUAACAGGCACUCAAGUUUAGAAUGCCAUAUGCACUUCUAGGUGUCCCACCUAAAAGUAAGAAUGAAAUGCAGAACAUGAAAUACUCACUUAAAGCAACUGAAAUUAAAAGUGGGGAGGUUAACAUUGUCUUACGGAGAGAUGUACAAGAAGUUAGGGCUGUUAAUAUGAGAUAAAAAAUUACUAAGGGCAGGUAAAAUUCUGUAUGUUGAGAAGACAGCUUCUCUUCUUUUACUCCUACAUUAAAAAAAACCCUUGAACCUUCUACUGUCCAGGUAAACUAUGGUACAUUCAGGAUAAAAAGUGUUUUCACACAGCACAUUGCUUUGGGCCAUUUCAAUGGCUACCAGAACAGAUGGUUUUAUAAAGACUUGGGGAGCUCUCUAGCAUGGAUAUGUGACAGGGAGGGAGAGAAAAAACAAGCAAAUGGAAAUCUUAUGCUUCUAAUUAAUUUCUCUUGACCAAAAUGUGUUUUUUGUGCUCCAGCAGAAGAUGUAGGAAGUCCUGCCUCCUCUGGAGCAGAGAUUGAGUCAUCUGAUGAAAGUGAGGAAUCCUCAGAAUUUGGGACGAGCUCUGAUUCUGAUGAAGACGAGGAGGAGGAGGAGGAGGAAGAGGAAGGGGAAGAGGAAGAGGACUAUGAGGAGCAGGUGGAAGAUGAAGAAAGAGUGUCUCUGCAGCAAGAAACAGAAGCCCUGCCUACCCAGCUGGCCCCUGAGUCUCUCACUCAAGAGUCUGAAGACGAUGAUCAGAAGGAGACCAUCCUGGAAUUGUUUCCAGUGGACGAUUACAUUGAAGGGACUCCUCUAGUUCUUCCGGAGCCUUUGAUGCCAGAAGGAGAGGAGCAGAAGGAAGAAGUCAAGCAUGCAGAGGAGGGAAGUGGGGAACUCCUCCAGCAGUCUGUGGCUGAAGUGCUGGUGGUGAUUGAGAGAGCCCAGGAGGAGAAGCUACAGUUGUCACCAGUGUGUGUGCCAGGUGAGGGGCAGUUUUGACCGUUUUGCAAACUCUCUCCUCCCAGUAUCUGGUGAGUAAGGGCUCUGAAAGCCUGUCUCUGCUCCUGCCUUUCCUCCUGGAGUAGGAGUCCCUACCUUUGGAGGGGAAAGCUGAUAAAAUAUUUGGAGGUAGGCCUUGCAUGAGUGCAGAACCUGUCAUGAAAAAAUGCCCCUGGCUCCACAAAGACCUGUGAAUCACAGAGCAGCUGAACGUGUAGUUAAUUCUGAAAUAAAGUUUGGGCACAUGUGCUGAUGUGGGAGUGGCUUGUGGGAUUUAAGGCUGAACAGGAUCACAUCAGAAGCAGCCUUAAUGUGUCUUGUGCUGGUUUCAAAUUCUGUCUAGUUCAACAGCAUCUUGAUUUAAAGGCCUCUCUUAGCCCUUCUCUUAGGAUUUCUUGUUCAAGUUCCUGAUCUGAAUACAAGUGGCUGCUUUUCAAGGCUGGGCAAUAUCUGGUUUUCAGCAUUGUGAUAUAUCAGCAACUAAAUACUGUGAUAUGCUGAUAUCUCAUGAUGUCUGACUCUGGAAUGUAUCUUAGCUACUUCUUCCUACCCACCUUACGGGAAGUAGAAGCAGCUGAGAUACAUUGCCCAGCCCUACCAAACCCUGAUACUGCUCUGGUUUGCAUGAGCUGGGGGGAGCAGGAAGCCUCCCGCCCCUCAGCUGAGUGAGCCCUGAUGCUGUUCUGAUUCAUGUGAGCUGGAGGGGCAGUGCAGGGGCUUCCUCAAAGGCACGUGCAGGCAGGCAGAUGGAGUCCGAUAAGGUGCUCUGCCUGUCUGCCUGCACCUUUGCUGUCUGCAGGCAAUUUGAGCUGGUGCAAUGUAUUGCCAGCUCAAACUAUUUGGAAGCAGUAUUGUGAUCUGAACACCAAACCAGUUUCAGACAAUUUAUCAAUAUAGCACCCAGCUCUAGUUCUAAGACCAAACAAAGUAAUUGAUAGCACUGUGAUGUUCCAGUGACAUGUCAAUUAAUUCAUAAUAGUUGUUCCAGCUACUUUUUUAAACAUGAACUCAGUUCAGAUGUAGCAAUGUGGCUUGGCAUUUAUGCAAAUGAGUUUCAGCCUGGUUUCUGCUGUAGAACCAUGGUUUCCAGUUAUGUGGUUUGCACAUAAACAAUGGUUUGCUAGUUCAAAUGUAAUGGUAACUCACAAUUUGUUGUGAAAGAGGAAGGGAAUAAGCACAUGGGUAGGAGAGGGGAAAGGACACACAAGUCCGAUCAUAUGGUGGCUCAUUUACCAGAAGUAAUGUAUUUAGCAUUAACUCUGGAAGUCUAUUACUCUAAUCUGACCAAACUAAGCGUCAAGCAACCAUAGCUGUUAGAGAGCCGUAAAAAUUUGUGUCCUGGGCUUUUAAGACUCAUCUACCCAUGUAUUAUCUGAAACCCAAGGGGUGCAUUGGUUGUCAGAUGUGAAACAUAUUGGCAUUAUUUUCAGCUCUCCUACCCCACCACAUGGUUCUACGUGCUCUAUGAGAAAGCACUCCAGGUUUCAUCCUCAAAGCGCCCUCUCAAACACCCCUGUUCACAGGUCUUCCGAUCAGCUAAAUAGAACUGCUGUUGGCUGCUAACUCCUCCCCCAACUCACUUCCUCGUUCAGCCUGGCUUCUCUGUCCACUGGGUUUGUCACUAUGUGGUGGCAAAGAUGAUGUAGAAAAACUGCUGAAAAUUAGGAUUGUGUGCACUUUGUGCUGACUGCCCAAGUAGAUACCAGUGGGUAUCUGGCGUGAAAUUUGCUUUUUUAAUGGCACAGUUCUAGCCAUUGUGAUUUUAGACAGGAAUUUGAAAAUGUGUUAGCUGCAUCCUUGAAGACUUAGUGGAGCUUUGCAGGGGUUUGCAAGUGGGUUCUUACCUCGGUGCUCCGUGAACAUCCUUCAGUCUGCCGCCUGUAUAGAUCCUGUUUCCAUUCCCAGCCCCAGAUGUUUGGGGUAAAUGCCCUUUGCGUCCCUUCCAGUCUUCAGGCAGUUUUGUAACCACGGUGUGUUUCCUUAAGGUGUGUCAUUUGCUCCUCUGUGUUUUUCUUUCUAGAGGAGGAGUCUGAACCCGAUGUCGAGCUGGAGCCUGAGGCGCUGGUCAGCCCACAGCCAGAGAGUCAGGAUGAAGAAAACCUCUGUCCACCAACGCCGGUGGGGCUUUUUGGAGACAUUUUGGCCAGCAGUACCGCCUUUUUCACCAAGCCGGACAACAGCAUUUCUGAAGCCCCAGCAAAAAGCCGACAGUCCCGCUCAGCCGAGGAAGAGGACCGUCUCCCUUGGACUCCCGGGGGAGAGCGGCAGGCUCACUUGGAGUCUCCUGGGCUUCCGCUCAGUGUGGUGCCACCCUCUUCGCUUCCCCUCCCCUCAGGCACAUCUGGUAAAGAGGAGCCAUUCCUCCUUCCAGAGCAGUUCCCGGAUCAGUUAAGCAUGACCAAACCAGCCCUGGAAGAAGAGCUCCCUCGGACUCCUGGGCGGGACAUUGCAGCCAAGUGCUCUCACACUUUUUCCAAGUCCCAGAGCACGGACACUGUCCCAGCCACCCCUGGCAAUGACGCUCCUCUCACAGGAAGCAGCUUGACCUUAAGUUCCCCUCAGGUCCCAGGAAGCCCCUUUUCCUACCCAUCCCAGUCCCCCGGGAUCAACAGUGGCGGCAUUCCUCGGACGCCUGGGAGGGAUUUCACUUUCACCCCGACUUUCCCAGAGCCUGGUGCUACCCUUCCUUGCCUUUCGUCAGGCAGGAAGCCCUCUGAAGACGAACCUGAUGAGAAAGUCUUUAAAGAACCUCUUGGUGCUUCCUUACUGGCUGGCAUGAACAGUGUUCCCUCCCCCAUUCCCUUUGCCAGUCCACCUGUCCCAGCUUUCCUUGCACGUCUCGACUUGCCCCCUAGCCAGCCAGUACCUCUUGCUGCUCUCCCCAGCUUUUCUGUGGACUCAAAGAUGCCUCUAGAGGAGUACACCACAGAGGCACGGCCCCUUUUGCCCUACCCAGAAGUCUCUGUGGCUUCCCCUCCUCUCCUGCCUCAGCCUCCCUCCUCUGUCUUGUCCAUCAAAAGGAAACCAGGGCGGCCGAAACGAUCCUCUCCUUUGGGCCCUCUGUUGGAUGCCUAUUCUGGCAAGCCCAUUGAGCCUCCUCUUCUUCCCAUCCCAGUUGUCUUGACUGAAAGUGCUGUGAGCAAAGAUUUGUUGAGUAGCCACCCAGAGGCUUUCUAUGCCCUGAAAGAUCCGGAAGCAGUGACCCUGGAUUUCCGGAAUGAAGGCUUCCAUGACAAGCUCACCCCAGAUGUUCUAGCUGAGAAGCUUCCCUUUAAGGAGCUGGAGAACCAGUGGAACGAGGACUUGAAAGAAGAAGAGGCCUACCUGAAAUCCAAAAGACAGUGGAGGCGACAGAAAAAGAGGCCGGAGGACGUUCCAACAAUUCCUUCCCCUGAGUAUUCCCCUCAUCAGUAUCACUUCAGGCCCCGCUCUGAGUUUGAGGAGAUGACCAUUUUAUAUGACAUUUGGAAUGGGGGCAUUGACGAAGAGGAUAUCCAUUUCCUGUGUGUUACAUACGAUCACCUGUUGCAGCAAGACAAUGGCAUGGACUGGCUCAAUGAUACCCUCUGGGUAUACCAUCCUCAUAUCCUUUUCCCCCUUUUUCUUUUUUUGCUGGAUUACCAGAUUGGGCUUCCUCGGGAAUGUAUUGUUUUUGAGGAGCUGGUUUUAUUGGGCAUUGCUGUACUUGGUUGGUAAUUUUGUUGUAAGCAAUAAGCCUUAACAAUACUGCAGAAAAAAUAUAAAAAUACAUACACUGCAUAUGGUAAUAACAGGUCAGUUCCAGAAACUGUUUAGAAAGUGGAAUAAGAAACAGAACUUAGUCUAAUGCACUGUUGUCCACAAAAUCCUUUCUAAGUUUAGUUGCUAAAAUACCAAACUUGACUACUUUUUAAUAUUUCCUAUUUAUUAAUGUCAUUCAGCAAAUAGGUCUCUUCAGCAAUGACUAGACUACCAUCCUGGCCAAAAAAGGACCCAGUUAUUCCUCUAUAGGAGCAGAAACAGUAACUCAUGAGCAGGCUUCUCAGCAGUUCCUGAACCCCCUUGACUGGGCAAAGCCCUGUUUCUAAAGGUGUAUGGCUAGACUCCCUGAACGUAACUGACAGUGCCAUAACUAUAGUCAAAAACAAUAGCAGGAAACCACAGGAGGUCCUGCUUGCAGGUUUACUACAGAAAUUUGGUUCCCCACUGUGUGGGCAGGAUGCUGGACUAGAUGGGCAAUUGGUUGGCUUAAUCCAGCAGGCUCUUCUUACAUUCUUGUAAAGGGCCUUUUACAUAAAAAGAGUUGGGCAUUGCUGUAAUGAUUAUUUGCAGUCAUCAGAUACAAAUGUAUUUUUGGCCCUAAAAUACUGGGUUAAAUUUUAUAUGACUUGUAGCUUCUAUAAGCGCAUGAAAACCUGCUUUUGUUCUUACUACACACGUCUGCAGAAUUUCAAGGUUCUUCUGUGCAACGGGCUGGGGGGCUCAAAAAGCAGUUCUGACAUUAAGCCCCCAAACUUCCUAAUACAUCCCAUUUGUUGAUAUCAUCCUGUUGAGGUUAGUCUUCCCUUGUCCCAUGGAGUGUGCUGAACUCCUGUUUCACACCACAGCGAAACCGCUUGCUCUACUUAACAAUUCUGCCAAUUGAGUUGACUGUUUCAUACUAAAGGGAGAGUUUUUAGAGGCGCCUGCUGUGGCAAAGAUUUAAAACCCCUAUUUAAAGUGCUGGCCUCCUUGGGAGCACUGAAACUGGACCAGACAUUCAGACCUUUUGCUAGUCUGCAGACUUAGAAAUGGAAUGGUGCUGAUGACGAUGACAUAAAUCAUUUUUGCUAAGCAUUGUUAUGGUAGUAACCGAAGCAGUGAUUAAUAACAUAACUGAUUCAAAAUACAGGUAAUGAUUAGUAAUAAGCAAGUGCAGCAUCUUUUAUUUUAAAAGCAUUACUAAAUUUUAAACAUUGUAGCCAUUCUGGUACUAUUAUUAUUAUUAUUAUUAUUAAUUAUAUCUCUAUACCACUAACAUGCCAAAAUGGCUUCCAAGCUGUUUACAAGUUUAAAAUAAAUUAUAAAAUCCAUACAUAAUUAAAACACCAACAAAUUCAACAUCCCCUCCCCCCAAAAAAUAUAAUAAUGAAAAGAUAAAGGCAGAACACUAAGUUAAAACUGUUUGCUUAGUACCAUCUAUUGACAUCAUUUUGUUUAGUAAAAAUGAUAUGCAACCCUAGCAUUUCACAGAACUCUUUGUCAGGCACAAUUCAGUUCUGCUUGAUGAGUUUGCAAACUUAACAGGCUCGCAUGCUCCUCUGCCAAUGGUUCAGUGGAAGAUUACGGUACUUUUGACAUGCUUUGUGUCUGGCAGUUGUUACAUAGUGAUCUGCCUAACAGAGAAAAUGGGAAAUUCCACUCCCUUACCAAAUACAUAUUGGAGUGAUUCCUCUAGCUAAUGCCUGAAAAAGCAUCUUCCCCUCCACUGCUAGGUAAGAGCAUUAAGAUCAGCAAAUGAUACCCAGCUAGCUUUGACAUGGCUGGAUGGUGCUUGGCUUGUGGUAGCACAAAGGUGGGCUCCUCCUCUGGUGGCUCCAGUGUUGUGGAAUGCCCUCUCUGCUGAAGAACAAGAGGCCCCAUCGGGACUGGCAUUCCACCAGGUAUUGAAGACACCCCUAGGUAGGCAAUCAUUUUACCUCUUCUGAUUUUUAACUCGCUUGUUUGUUACAUAUUUUCAUCAUGAAAGUUUUUAAUGCUUACCUAGAUGGAGGCUGUGUGUGUGUGUGUGUGUGUGUGUGUUUGUUUGUGUGUGUGUGUGUGUGAGAGAGAGAGAGAGAGAGAGAGAGAGAGAGAGAGAUUCUUGUGGCCAGAAUGUAGCAGACUCUGCAAAGGUAAAAGCCACACCUAUUUCUCCACCCUCUUUCCCCUCUGGCCCUGCCCACCACUGGUAUUCAGCCCUAGAAAGUGGCCCAGGUGGCAAGGAGGCCCUUGGGCUAGAAAAUGUUGCCCAUCUCUGGCUGAGGGCCAAGGGCCCAGCAAGCUUUGCUGGCAUAAUUGCAGGGCCUUGCAGCCCACAUCUUUCCUGGGGUUUUCCUUAACGUGGAGUCCACCAACCAGCUUUUCUACUCCAAAGAAGAAAAAACGGGAUGAUGGGAUGCGGGAGCACGUCACAGGCUGUGCCCGCAGCGAAGGCUACUACAAGAUCGACAAGAAGGACAAACUGAAAUACCUCAAUAACAGCCGUGCAUUUGCAGAGGAGCCUCCUGCCGACACGCAGGUAAAGAACGGGUCCCCUCUUCCUUCUCCUUGCUGUCCCGUUCUGUGUGUCUGGCUGGGAGUUCUGCAGGCACCUACCUCCUUCCUCCCUGAAGUCCACUUGAACCUUCUUACAGUUUGGGGGCAGAAAAGACAUGGCAUUUGAAUUGCACCCUUGAGUUGCUGAAUUAAUUGUAACCGUCUGGAGAAGGUGGCAGGCAGGGAUAUGAGAUGUUAGGGGGUAUAAAUGGGACAAUGUGGCAGGCAAGUCAGCUGGGGUGCGUUCUCCCUUGCCAGAAGAGUGGAGCAGAAAAAGAGCUAGAAAAGGUGGCAGGACAAACGUGUGGGUGGGUGGGGAGCAUUCAGUUUGGGGGUUAAUUUUUAAUAGGAUUUAAUAUAUUUUAUUAUCUCACUUAAAAGAAUAGAAUGUUCUCUAUAUAGAAUAGCAUCAUAGAAUUGUAGAGUUGGAAGGGACCCUGAGGGCCAUCUUCCUGCAAUGCAGGAACCUUUUGCCUAGUAUGUAACUGCCUUAUGAUCAAGUCAGCAAAAAACAAUAAUAUAUGAAUUUACGUUACACCACUUUUUGUCAGUUGGGCGUCCUGCAGUUGUUUUGGACCACUACACGGCUGUGUUGGCUUGGGGUGAUGGGAGUUAUAGCCCAAAACAUCUGGAGAGCACCAGGUUGGUUGGUGGGUGGGUGGCUGGCUUAUGCUUUGUCAGGCCAUUGUUCUACCUCUCCCACUACUGGCUCCUCUGACUGGCUAUGGGCAUCCAGCCCUGGUCUUCCUCGCCACCUUCCCUCUUCCUUCAGGCUCCAGGGAUUGAGCCUGGCGCCCUCUGCAGGAUAAGCAUGGGCUGCACUGCCCCUUGGCUAUGGACCAGUCUGCCAUCUUUGAGCAGCUCUCUGGGAUCUUGAGCAAAAAUAUUUCUCAGCGUGCGGAUGCUGUGUCACUGAGCUCACCCCAGCCUUGAGGCUAAACCUGCCUGGGACCAGUUCCACUCAGCUGCUUGCUAACUGCUUUGCUGUCCUGUUUUUGGUCCUCAGGGAAUGAGCAUCCCUGCCCAGGUGCACGUUUCCACCCGGGCUGGCUCCGAGAGGAGGUCCGAGCAACGCAGGCUUCUGUCCUCCCUACCCGGCAGUUGCGACAGUGACUUGCUCAAAUUCAACCAGCUCAAGGUAAGUUGUGCAGCUUCCCUCUUGGAAGCCUCCAUUCACUAUAACCCCUACUGGUCAGUGAACUUGUCUGCCUUCCAAGUGACGAAGUAUUUGAUUGAGGAAUGGCAGGAAAGGGUUAAAAUCAUGUUGCUGUAGUCUUGGGGCAAGCUUUGCAGAAGGAAUCUGCAAGUCCCUUUGAGAGAAGGCCUGAAGGGUAGCAGGAAUUCUGGGAUGUGACAUUUCAAGAAAUUCCAGGAAUUGAGAAAAGUAGCUGGAGAAUGAAUGGUUAAAAUCCCUCAGUUGCCACCAUUACAUUUACUUGGAAUUGCAUAAUAAAACUUAAUUGGAGAUACAUUUGUGGCAAGUAGAAUGAUGGUUGCCAAAAUUUGGAGAGAUUUAAAGGAGUUCCAGGGACGCGGGUGGCACUGUGGGUUAAACCACAGAGCCUAGGGCUUGCCGAUCAGAAGGUUGGCGGUUUGAAUUCCCAUGACGGGGUGAGCUCCCGUUGCUCGGUCCCUGCUCCUGCCAACCUAUCAAUUCGAAAGCACGUCAAAGUGCAAGUAGAUAAAUAGGUACCGCUCCAGCGGGAAGGUAAACAGCAUUUCCGUGCGCUGCUGUGGUUCGCCAGAAGUGGCUUAGUCAUGCUGGCCACAUGACCCGGAAGCUGUAUGCCGGCUCCCUCGGCCAAUAAAGCGAGAUGAGCGCCACAAUCCCAGAGUGGGUCAUGACUGGACCUAAUGGUCAGAAGUCCUUUUACCUUUAAAGGAGUUCCAAUUCAACUUAUUUGUAUACUGAAGUGUGGCAGGGGCCCUAAAUGAAAAACUCACCCAAAAUAAUAGAACUGUGGAAUUGCAGAGUUGGAAGGGAUCCCAAUGGUCAUUUGCAAUGCAAGAAUUCCAGCUAAAGCAUCCAUGACAGAUGGCCAUCCAACCUCUGCUUCGAAACCUCCAAGGAAGGAGAGUCUAUCAAGCGAGUCCUUUCCACUGUCAAACAGCUCAUACUGUCAGAAAGUUCUUCCUGCUGUUUAGUCAGAAUCUUCUUGUCACUUGAAGCCAUUGGUUUGACUCCUUCCCUCCAGAGCUGAAGAAAACAAGCUUGCUCCCUCCUCCAUAUGAUAGCCCUUGAGAUAGUUGAAGAUGGCUACCCUAUCUCCUCUCAGUUUCCUCUUUUCCAAGUUAAACAUACUCGGCUCCUUCAACCAUUUCUCAUAAGGCCUGGUUUCCAGACCCUUGAUCAACUUGGCUGCAAAUCUUGAAAGGACAAAAAUGUUUGAACCAACAGUUUUAUUAUUUACACAAGCAGGGAAUAAAAUGGCAGUUAAAUAAUCUAAAUGACUUUAGAAAACUCAUGACUGUAGUUUUGUUCCGAAUUACCAUGUUGGCAUUAAAGCAGUUCCUCACACCCUGGAGAUGGCCUGUGAAGAACAAGUUAUAUCAAACAGGAUUGCCUGUUCUCUUCAAGUAACUCCAUAUUAGUUUUUACGGACUCUGCCAUUAUUUUAUAUUCUACAUGUCUCUCUGUUUUCUGUUACUCUGAUAAAGUAGCAUUAAAAUGGGAAGUGUGGCAGGAAGGGGCACUGGCUGCCAUGGCCCAAGCUAAGCAACCUCUAAAACGUGGUUUCGGCUUAUUUAGAAAUGGAUCUGCUGAAGGGUAUGUUGCUGCGUUGUACGCCCCGCUGUGCUCAGUCCGCUCCAGCAUUGUGCCGGUUUUCGAAUGAAUGACUUACAGGCACCCUUUUUCUUGUCUCUCUUCCCCAUCUCACAGUUCCGGAAGAAAAAGCUAAAAUUCUGCAAGAGUCACAUUCACGACUGGGGACUCUUUGCAAUGGAGCCCAUUGCUGCUGACGAGAUGGUGAUUGAGUACGUGGGGCAGAAUAUCCGGCAGGUAAGAGGGGCUCUUGGCAUUGGGCUGGCUCCUUGAAACCUCGGAGUUCCAACCCAUAGAGUGGCUUGUAAGGAGUGGCGUGAGCCCCAUGUGGCCUUUGAGCCCCCUUGCACAUACAGCAGAGCGAGGGGGCAGAAUGUGUUGCCCCAUGUCAGCCUGCAGGUGGGCAAUACUGUUCCCCUUCUAUCCCAUUUAGUCCACUUACAGCACUCUGUUUCUUUUUGCCCCUCUGGCAAUAAACAGACCACACAUCGUUCAGUAAGUUUAAAAUGCUUUAUUUACAGAUUGAAGGUCUGAUACAUGCGUUGUUCUGUACAGCAGCAAUGACAACCCCAGAACUGCCCCCUUCGGCCAUUCUUUCUUUUCCAAGUGGGCCUUGCCCCCCCCCCAUGCAAAGUGGAGAUCUUUUAAGCUUUCUGCCUUGCUUACCAGCAUGGGUGGCCCACCCCAUUUUGACACCUGAGGUGAAACAGGAAGGUGCUGCCCCUCACCUGAAAUCUCACCAGAUGAUGCAGAACUUUCGCGAGAUCUCACGUGAGAUCUCACAAGCUCUGUGAGAAGUUGUGAGAGUUCUGAGAGUUCUAAUCAGAAGCUGCUGCUGUCAGCCCUGAGCUGGGUGGGUGGGGUGCCACCUUACAAGAUUUUGCAGUCCAAAGGGGCUGCUUCAGUCCUGCUCCCUGGGCUCUGGGAAGGUAUUGCAUGGGAUUGGCAGGGAAAGAGCUUUUAUGCUGUCUGCCUUGCUGUGUUUAAUUUGUGUGGUUGAGUUCAGGCCAGCUGCCAAGCACAUACAACUGCAACCACACUAGUCAAAUGCACACAACUUGUGAGUUGGCUGUAUUGCCCUCUCCUGUGCCAGUAUCCCUGUGAAAAUGCUGCUCUCUGUUUACCUUUUGAAAUCUUUCUACUUUCAGCCAUGGAGGGUCUUUUUAAAAUGGUGAGCAGCAAAAUUCUGACAGGUGUCACCUCUUUGGUUUAGUCCUUCUCUCCCUUUCUUAAUGUGGCUGCUCUUGGAAGGUAGCUCUUGUGACCUUUGGCUUGUUCUGCAGGUAAUUGCUGACAUGCGAGAGAAGCGGUAUGAGGACGAAGGCAUUGGCAGCAGUUACAUGUUCAGGGUUGACCACGACACGAUUAUAGAUGCAACAAAGUGUGGAAACUUCGCCAGGUUUAUUAACCACAGUUGCAAUGUAAGUGUUACUUGGCCUUACAAGCUCCAUCACUCACUUGGUGGCAUCAGACUUUAUUCCUGUAUUAAAUGUGAAAGGGUGUGUAGGUACACACACACACAGAGAAAGAGAGAAGUACUUUUGCUCUCUGCUUGCUCCCCUUGCCAGCCCUGCCUGGUCCGAUUGUGAUGUGGCAACAGGGCUGCAUCUGGGCUUCCUUCAUUGCUGCCCAGGCAGUAGGAGCCACCAUUGUCACUGAUCUCACUGCAUCAGCAGCUGCUGCUAUCCAGACUAGGGCUGUUGUUCGCAGGGGCAGGCGGGGGGUGUCAUCAAAGCAAAGCUUCCAGGACACAACGCUGCCACCCCCAACACCACCUCUUCCUCUGCUCUCCAUUACCAGCUGCUGAGGGCUACCCUGGUCCUGGUUUUUUCCUCACUGCAGUUGCUGCUGCCAAGCCCACAAUCUUGUUGUGGCAAGGCCUCAUCCCCAUGUGCAGAGGGAUGGAAGACACCCACCGCUUUGCCACAGGCUCACCCUGUGUCCUGGCUUUAUCUCAACUGCAGGCAGGGGCAAGUGGAUGGCCCUGAGAGAUCCAUUCAAAAUUGGGCGCUUCUCCCUGGCGUCACCUGGGUCGUGGCAGCGUCUCCCCUUUCCAAGCCCCUGUCACCUCCCCGCCCCCCAAUUCAUUUUUGUGUCCCCUGGUGGCUCCAACUGUCAUCACAGUGGGGCAACAAACUUGUAGGGGUAGAGAGUCCAUGUGGGUGGGUGGGUGAGUGGACCUUCCCACUCCAGUGGCCUCUCUGUUUCCCGCAAUCCUCAGGCUCAUGCUGUCUUAUGGAAGGAGGUGACUGAUUGUUGGCUCUUCAGUUUUGAUUUCCCUCCCCUGCUCCUCAUACCUGUUUAUCAAUAAUAAUAAUAAUAAAUAUUUAUACCCCGCCCUCCCCGGCCAGAAACCGUAAGGGGAGGGAAAACAUAAGGGUCAGACUGAGUUCAAACCAAAGGCCAGGUGGAACAGCUCUGUCUUGCAGGCCCUGCGGAAAGAUGUCAAGUCCCGCAACGCCCUAGUCUCUUGUGACAGAGCGUUCCACCAAGUCGGGGCCAGUACUGAAAAGGCCCUGGCCCUAGUUGAGACCAAUCUAACCACCUUGCGACUUGGGACCUCCAAAGUGUUGUCAUUUGUGGACCUUAAGGUCCUCCGUGGGACAUACCAGGAGAGGCGGUCCCGUAGGUACGUGGGUCCUAGGCCGCAUAGAGCUUUAAAGGUUAAAGCUAGCACCUUAAACCAGUGAUCUUUCCAACUUCUUUAAGUUUUCUCUGUGCCUAAUGCUGUGCUUAUCAUAUGUGCUUCUCAAGUAUAUUAAAAGGUGGCUAGAAAGUAUUUUUUGUUUUGUUUCUUCAGCCUCCCUUCCCAGAAACACAGAACACACACAUGCACACACAUACUAAGACAGUGAUGGGUCUGAAAUCUAAACAAGCGAAUCAAAAUCUUUAAGCCAAAGCUUUUAAUUAACUGCUUCUUUUGUUUUAGCCAAACUGCUACGCUAAAGUCAUCACAGUGGAAUCUCAGAAGAAGAUUGUCAUCUACUCGAAGCAGUACAUCAAUGUGAAUGAGGAAAUUACAUACGACUACAAAUUCCCCAUUGAGGAUGUAAAGAUCCCCUGUUUGUGUGGCUCCGAGAAUUGCAGAGGGACCCUGAAUUAA